AUGCUGGUGCCAAGCUGUCCCACCAUGCACAGAGCCAGACCCACGCUGCUGCUGCCGCUGCUGCUCGUCCUGGGUCUGUUCCUCCACCUCGCCGACGCUCAAAGUAAGUGGACCGCUGGCUUUCACACGGGGCCCUGAGUGUGGUGUCCUGCUGGGCUGGGGGCAGGGCACCAUGGGUGGGAUUGGUUUUAUAUGUACAUUUUUUUUUCCCCUCACUUCAACAUCAGACAUGGAAAUACUUCAUGACACAAAGAUAAGGGGGUUUACAAAACUUCAAAAUAAAGUACAUACCAUGGUCUAUAAGGCUGCUGACAUCAACACACACACACAUUUAAAGGCCCUACAAGGAGUUUUUUACUGGUGAUGAAAUGGGCUCAAAUAAACAAUGAUGCUUCUUUAUGGGCUUUAGCAACACAAUUUAGAUUUCCUUAUUGUGAUUUCAAUCUGGUGGGUAUUGGACUGUUCAAAGAGAGCACAGGACACAGGGGUCGCCAAAACCCUUGCAGUUCUUUACAGGAGCUUUAAAGUCCAUUCUCAGCUAUCAUGCAUUUUGCUCAUUUCACUUCUUUGUAUGGUUGACCUUCACUGAACAGAAUGAUUAAUGUGAACAGCUUCAUUCUGGAGAAAGUUUCAAAUUCAUCUGCUAAAGUUCAGUUUAACACCUUUAAGCAUCAUAACUCGGGCUGGGUGAUAAACCGAAAAUUUACAGAUACCGAAACUUAAAACAAAAACAUCAUUUCCCCAUAUUGGUAUAUUCAGUGUCAAAAAAAUGAAUAAAUAAAAGUUGGUUUUGGAGUGUAGGUAGGCUAUGGUCUCAUGUCCCUAAAGACGCUGUCCUACAUCGGAGACAUGACUCCACCCCAUCCAGUCCGUAACAAAGAGGGAAAGACAGGUGAGGAGAUGGAGGAUGGUUCAAAAGUUAUAGUGGCUAAAGUAGACGAAGUGAAUGUGGAAGUGGGUGAGCAGCUUUUGGAGUAGUUAUCAUCAAUUUAUGUGCUCAACUGCUCAAUAUAUCGUGAUAUUGAUUUGAGGUCAUAUCCCCCAGCCCUAAUCAUAACUAACAUGGAAACCAUUUGUCAUCUCAUUUUCACUUUUCAUAAGUGUGCGGAAACCACAAGCACACAUCAGAACUCAAAGGAAUAAAUCUGGUUGAUGUAGAAGUUGGAUAAACAUACUUUAAAAUCCUUGGUUAUUUAGAAAGCUGUCAUCUUAAUAUGUCUCAUAUUGCUUUCCCCCUCCCUCACACACACCAACACUUAUCUCCCCAUGAUCCAUCUUUUUCAGCCAACUCUCAAAAUGCAUUCAAGUCCUGAUUCUCCAACUGCUUUUUCUCUGCUGUGAAAACCAUCAUGUGAACCAGAAACGGCUCAGGCCUCAGUCGAGAAUCUCAUGAUGAGAAGUCAUUGGAAUUGAGUUACUUGACAUCAGACACCUGCUCACCGAUGUGUGACAACAGUUUUCAAACCUCAUUGAGCUCUGGUCCUGCGCCACAGCUUUCCCCCUCCUCUUUUUUUUUUUUUUUUUUUACACUACGAUCCAUGAAUCAUUAGCUCCUGGAGUCACAGAGGGAUGAAUAAAAGUUUUAUUGCACCCUUUGCACCGACUGAAAUCCCCUCAGUUCGCCUGAAUAUCUCUGAAUGAAGGGAUCGCUCACCCAAGGUCAUACACGACAGAGCCACGCAAAGUGAAAUUGAUGGCUGAGAUUUUCAACUUUGUGCUUGAGAAAUGUUCCUUGCAAUCUGUUCAAAUGUGUUUUAUUUUUGUUCGCUGCCUCGUGCCACAUAUGUCUCGCAGCGGGAGAGACGGCAAAUGGAGAAAUGUAUUCUCCAUUUAUCCGCCGUUUUAUGUGCAGCUCCAGGAUUUAUUGACACAAUUUAAUUACGGGGCCUUCCCAAAAUGGCAUUAACAGUCGAUAAACGUUAGCAUCAAGGGGGCUUUUAGUAGUCAUCUUUUCAGAAAACUCCCAUCUUCCUCAGACUCGUGUAUGUGUUCACAAAACUGGAUCUGAUUCGAAGACAAAAACACCACCUCCAAUUCCUCCCUACGAACAAAUGUCUCAACAAAACCUCCACUCUGGUGUGCCCAGACAUUCCUCAGUCAUAUUUAAGCACAAAUAUAACACUCAGCACCCCCAAACUUUGACGCCUCUGUGCACCCUCCCCUCUCCUCCCCAAAAGCCCCCAUUAAUUUUCUUCCUUUAGCCGCCUGGCUGUGUGUGAGCAGCUGCUGCUACCUCAUACCCUGCUCAGACAGCUGUGCUGGGUCAUCACUCCAAAGCCAAAACAAACUUAUCACGAGGUAGCCACAGCGUUAAUGACUGAGGACUGGGAAUGAGGUGGUAGUCAGGAUUGGAUUUUUAUUUGCACCAUUCUGCUUGAUCUCACAUGUGCACAUGCCUUACCAACUCCCGUCCAUUGUUUCUCGUCCAAAUCGUUCUCUCGCCAGAUUUCUCCUGCCUGCAUCUUUGUCAUCUCCCCACCUUCUCCCCUUGCUGUCGAAACAGUGCGAAAACACCUUACAGCAUCUGAAAAGCUCCAAAAUGGCCUCAAGAGGCAGAAGCAAUGCUAACAAUUUCUCAACAAAAAACCCCCAAAAGACCUCCACUCAAUUUACCCCACACUAGACAAACCCCCCCAGAGCAAGAAUCCGGCUGUUUCCAAAGAGGAAAGAUGCCCUCUGUUGGUGCUCUGGAUCGGUUUGGGUGUGAGCUAGCCUCCGGCUGUGGGUAUGGGUGGAGGAUAUGAGACACGCGAGAGCAGAAAAUGGCUGAGUCGGCCUGCUCAACAGAUGGCGCGAUCCUCGGAGCCAGUCCUACUCGCCACCGCACACAGUGGACACUAGAGCCCCCUCUCAAGAAAAAUGCCAGUAUGGCCUACUAUUAGACAGGCAAAGCAGUACACAUGUUAACAGGAGUGUUAAAAGAUUCUUCUUCAAAAGAGAAGUUUUCAGAGCGAUCUGAGAGGACUGUGGUCAUAUUUCUCCGUUUGCUCGGCUGGAUUGUUUUGUCUUUGACGUUUUCUCUCUCUCCCCCUCUCAUUUUCUCCUUCACCCUGUCCCCCUCGCUCUUCAAAUGCAGCCCCAAUUAAUUUGUGUGGCAAAUUGGGCUUGGCGAUGGCUUGAAAGAAGGGCAUAAUUGUCCCCCGUGAGCCAAGGGGACUGAGAGCGAGAGAGGAGGAGAGGGGACGCAACAAACAAUCACUCUGUGUUUGUAAUGCAAAAAUACAAUAAGGAGUAUCAGUGGAUGAGAGGAGAGCGGCAAGCUUUUCACAUCACGAGGGAAACUUCAUGUGGAUAUCUGAACCAAGUAGCUAAGGUUUCCAUUAACCCGAUGGAUUGUUUUAUGACUCUGAUGCUAAUAUGUGCCGAAACAAACCCAGGGAUUGUAGUUUAAUGCUUUUCUGGAUGCUACGUCUAUCUGUCACGUCAACCAAGAUGGCAGUGGCUAAAAUGUAAAAUCCAUAGACUGUAUACACUAUGGACAACUUGGAUAGCCUUCCGCAAGUAUAUGGAUUUGAAGCCAAAAAGCUCUCGGUAAAUUUGCGUUUUUAUUCCACUUCCUGAAACCAACAUUGGGCAGUAGUGUUGUACGCACUCAAUCACUUGUACGGUAAAAUUGUAAGCAUUCAGCGGAAGAGUCGCCACGAGUCGCUGUGAUGACGCUUGGCUCAAACAGCGUAUCCCUUGGUUAAGCUAUGCAAUCUUCGUACGCCCGUAGGCUGUAUCAAGUGUCAAUCAUAUAAAACAUGAACCCCUAAUAACUUUUAAAAAUGGAGCUGUACAGAAAAAAGAGGACUUGAGCACAAACCAGUCUGACAGUAAGUACAUGUCAACAUUGCAAGCAUAGGGGAAAAAAAUGUAUAUUCUGUGUAAUAAAUUUCUAAAGUUUUUCCACAACUCCAUAAGCUUUGCUGGAGGAGGCGGGAUGUAUGACCUAUACUGCAGCCCGUCACCAGGGUGUGCUGUUCUUGGAGUGGCUUCACCCAAUGAAGAGGCAGACGGCGUCAAUUCUAUACACAGUCCAUGGUCAAAUCUUAAAAACUCCCAUCAAAAUACAGUUUCAGCAACAAGCUGAUUUGAUUACAUCUGUACAGAAUCUGUCAAACGCAUUUCCCACCCAGCACUAACCCAUGCUGUGUUGGACCAGGUCAAACUGCGGGUCUUAAUAGUGUUUUAAUUGAUUCCUCCUAUUGAUGGUGAUGGCGUGGUGAGUCCCAGCGAGCCAGCACGCUUUCUCUUUAACACGUCAGAUGAAUAUCGACAGGCUCCUCCAAGCCUGCCUAAACAUUAAGAUGUUAACACCCAAACCUCAUCUCUCUCUCUCUCUCUCUCUCUCCCUCUCUCUCUCUCGCUCGUGCCUCUUCUCACGCAAACACACAUUCGCUUACACACAACAUCCAGGAGCAUCAAAUGCAUGUGAAAUCCUUUCUGAGCCAGCAAUCAAAAGGUGAACCACAUGGGACAAAAAAAAGAGCAAAUCGCCUAUUGAUGCAGCUCGUCUUUUGAGCUACUGCAGUGGGAAAACAAGAUGAGGUAUUAUGACAGCAAAAUGACUCACACUGAAAGCAGCGGCGACGUGGAGUGCUCAUGUUUUUUAUGUUUUUAGAUAAUGAGAGAAGUUUCCUCUCUUUUCCGCAGAGUGUUUUGUGUGAAGACCUCGUUUUCCAUAUGCUCACUAUAAGACUCAUCGAAACAAGUUUAUGAUCAGAGGCUGUCUACAGCUCGAUGAGGGGUAAUUUGUUUAGCGGUGAAGCGGUGACAAUCCAACAGCAUCUGCCAGGGUUACAGUCAGAUCUUGUGUUUUGUGUGUGUGGAUGGCGGAUGAUCAUAACUGUGAUUUGUUUAGGCGUUUCUUCAUCUGUUAGCGGGAACAACAAAAUCAGGGAGCUGCAUGUUUAGAUACAACAUGAGAAUACUAAACAAACUGUUUAAACAUGAACAAAGUCCCAAUUCAUGCAUAUGUGUGCUAAUACUCAUGCACACACACGCACACCCAAAUAGCUAGACAGGAUCACCUUGUAGCAAGUCCGAAAGCUAAUGAUACUCUAUUCCCCAGAUGACACGAGGCUGUAAUAUGUGUGUUUUAUGCAUGCCCGGUCUAAUAUGAAUUAUUGUAAAAUAGUGUUGUAUUUGCAUAUGAGCUUCCGGGGCUGUACUGAAAUUAGCAUUUUUACAACAGCUCAAAUUAAAUCCCUCUGCUUAAUUUGCCUGCAUGCUAAUUCGAUUUAAACUGAGUCUAUUCUGUCCCCUCUUACCCACAUGGAGCUAACAUACAAGCCACACACACAAACUCAGUGUAGACUCUUUAGGAGUAUUAGAAGCAAAUAAACACACAAUGUUUUUUAUGUUUAUGCAUCAAUAUAAAAUCAUCUAAAAGCACAAAAAUUAUAUAAAUAAAAAAAACAAUGCUUUGAUUUAGUGCGUCCAACAUCUCGUUCAUCAUUCUGCUGGACACCGCUCAAGUGGAAACCUCAUUGUCGGCUCCACUUGUUCAUUACAAACAUCGCCUUACAUCUUUGAAAACAGCAUCUACAAGAGAAGGAGAGGGCGCAUCAUGUUCACACUUCAAAUAAAUGUUGUGAAAACACCUUCGCCGAGAGUGCCAGCACUUAAUUACCAUCUCGUUGUUUGGAUGAAGACCUCGUGACGAGACUGGGAAUCUGAGAUAAAACAAUGUUAUCAGCGCCAUGCAAGAUGCUUCUCGCUCGCAGGUUGAACUAAACGAGUAAGAAGUCAUUAUCAUCUUCUUUGGCUGAGGAUGCCUGUACCGGCUCCUUGUCAACAAUGUGCUUUGCAAUUAUGUUUAAAGGUUGUAUCAGGCCCCAUUAUUAACUACAUGAAUGCCGAUUCCUCUAGCAACUAAGCCCAAGUGUAUUAUUUAAGGCCAUUAGCCUCAUCUAUGGAUUGCAGUCAUUUUGCCUUGCGCUUAGACUUCAGAAUCGCACAAAAGCUGAGCAAUUUUCGCCACUCCUGACCCUCCCACUCUCAAGAAAAAGCAGACAAUCGCACAUAAUAUGGAGAUGUUGUACAGAGCCAAGAUGCAGGUAAUUAAAGGCUAGCCCCCAGGCACUAAUGCUAUAUCUAAGUGCACUUAUGUCUCCAAGACACAUUGACUUGAAAAUGGUGGUGCAAUUUAACAGUGCUGUACCAUUCAUGUCUCGGAGUGGGGAAUAUUGACAGAACAAAAGCACCGUAAUCAGAAUCGUAAAUUCAUUGGAGUGGCAAUCAACAGACUCCCAGAAAGCCUUUCUCCAAAUCCAAAUAUUUGAAAACCUCGGCAGGAAAUGACGGGGUCUUUCAUGCCGUGAAAUUGUAUGGAUUUCAGUCAGCCCGGCACCUCCUUAUCUGUCCUUGGAGCAUUUAAGGUGCCAGAAAAAACAAUAGAGGACCAUGUUAACGCAGUGCACCAGACUCACACACACACUCUCGCACAAAGGGUACCUUGUAGCAUGCCUUUGAAGCCUGGAUCAGCCGGUGAGCUGAGCACAAUGCCAGCUGUUUUGCAUCUGCUCGGCUUACACUUGGCAUAAUUCUGGCCUGGCUGGCAUAUGUACUAAAUCUGAUCACCCUUCGUACGCUUGUGCCAGUGAACUGUAUAACAAUGCAGGUGUUUCGUGACAUUGCCCCAGUGACAGUGCAAUUAAUAGAUUGAUGCUCUCACCGCAGUAAUGGGAUUACUGGACCAGUCAAGUCUGAAAUACAUCAGCCUUUGCCUGCAGAAGAUGUUUUACCGCAGUGUGAAGUUAGAACAAUGGAGAGCCACACGUGCAGAAAUCGAAGACGGGGAAGUCUGAAUGAAACAGACUGAAGGCUUGAAGAUGAUGGCAGAAAAAAAGAUGCCUUUAUGCAGAGAGAACAACAUUCAUAAUGACUCCUUUUGGAUAUCAAGCGGCGCCUUGUUGAUGAAACAUAAAGGUGGAAAAGCUCUGUAAGCGGUGUCUAGUUUCACAAUGUAUGUAUCAAAGAAGAAAUGAUCAUUUAGCGCAUAUUUGGCUAAGGUAAGGGUUUACCAGCAACCACCUACACGAGUAAUUGUUGGUUUCAGUCUGCGCUCAGUUUGCCAUCAACAGACAAGCCACUUGAAACCAAAGGGGGGGACCACAGUUACACUCACAAUUUGCAAAGCCUCCAUGUUGCCAGCAGUCAUCAAUCAUUCUCUUUAAAAUACUGCAAAAAGAGCCAACUCUGUAAUAUUUUAAAGAGAGACAAAUCCUCACCUCCGGGAUAUGUUUGGGGCUGUAUGAUGCCUUUUUGUUGAUUUCUAUACAGCAGACUAGUUUGAUCAUAAAAGCAGAGAAAUUGUGUAAAAUAUCCACCUCAGAAUCCACGUAUCCCCGCGUUUGUGUGUGGAUGUGUGGUCGUGCAUGUAAGCCAAUGCAGAUAACACCUGGCCCCGGGCUGGAGCUUUGGUCUCACUCCAGGGGUCCUGAGAUUGCGACACAUUGCACUGAUCUCGGCGCAGCACAUUUGUGUGCCUGUGGGGUAUGUUGGGAUUCUGCGGUGGGGUUAAUGGUCUAAACCAUUCAUCUCCGCGGAGUGCCUCAGGGCAGUCUCUCAGUCCCAGGCAGAGAGCUUGCAACCCCACCUUCUUACCUACAGCACUCUCCAACGCUUGACGUCGAUUGGGAAUCUUUACGCCCUAAGCUCCUCUUGUCAAAGUUGAUUUACAUUCAGCCGAGUGAUGGAGUGAGCACUCAAAGUCCGUCUUUGGAGAGCCUAAUACACUCGCUUACACACACUAGAUCUGUCACUGUUUUCAGUUCCCCUCCCCCCGCCCUCUCACUUUGUUUGUUUGCUCACUCGCUCAUUAACUCGCAGUCUUGUGCACUUCUCUGCUCACACUCGACUUUAACUUCUCAGUACCACCAAGUGAGUCAUGCUGUUUGAGGAGCUGAGAUUUAUAGUGACACACGGCUUUAGUGUCUUUUAUUAGUUAUGGCAAAAGAGAGAGUGAAAGCUUCCAUAGAAAAGGCGAGAACGCUCUCACGCCACAGCCAGACCCAAAGGCUUUUCCUGGUUGAAACAAAGCCAAGUUCUCGUCUCUAAUGGUGCAUCGAUCUAAGUGGAAUAUGCAUCCCCACAGACACACUCAAGUCCGUGGACAUUUAUGGGGUGUUUAUACAGCAUUCAUCAUAACACCCAUGAACAGUCUGUUUCCCUUUAGCUUUAAUACUCCCUUGGUGCCGUUUCAUGUCAUUCAUCAUUCUCUCAUCAUCUAAUUAAUUACCACAAUCCCCUCCAUCAUUGGAGCCAUGAUGAAGGAUACCUCCAGUUAAGUGUAGAUAAUUCAUGUACAACAGGAUGUUAAGGGGUGGCAAAAGAAUCCAGAGAGGUCAUUUCCCUCCGAACACGAGACCUUAUCUGGUUUCCGACCCUCCCUUUCCAAGAUUUAGGGGCUCAAACACGCAGUCUUACAUAUUUCAUCACAAACUUUUCACUCUCUCAAGUUCAGUCUCGCUCUAUCCCAACACAAUCACGCCUUAAGCCACUCAUCUCCCCACUUUUAUCUCUCCCUCAGACUGAUAGUUAGCACAAGAGAGCGCAUAUGGAGGGAAUGUGGGGGGAGGAAAGGAGAGGAGGGAAGUGGAGCAGACUUGAUGAUGUCAGGAUUUAUGCCUACAUGGAUUUCUUUAAGUACACCUUCCAAAUAAGAUUUUCCCACCCUCCUCCUCCCUCUUCUUACCCCCUGCACCCCUCGCAGAAGGGGAAAAAAUAACACAUGAUCAGAGAGUCUGGAAGAGACUCCCGUUCCCUUAACCAAAUCUCUUCCCUGCCGCUGCCUGGGUAAGACAGAAAUUUCACACCGCAUGAUCUGUUGCCUCUCAUUACAUGGCCUGAUUCAGUUGGCUGUGUCUUUCCCCCAUUUGCAAUCAUUCAGGAAGAGAUGCUCACAGAGGGGAUAAGCCACAGUUUUGUCAUUGAGUCCCACAGGGGAAGCUUUGUUUGAGUCUUUGGCCAUAUUAGUAGGAGGAUGGUGAGACGACAUUAGCCAGUUAGCAGGUACCCAACUGCACCUAAAAAAAAAUCAGGUUGAAGCAUCCAGCUACAUUGCUUUGAUUCUACAACUGAGAGUGGCUUAUUUUUUUGCCUGGCGUAUCAAUUCAAUCACAAACUCAAAAUUAGAUCAACUAAAAAAGACUCAAAUCGACAUAUGAAAGUCUUGUUUUGCAUACAUAUAUUAUUAUUAUACAUAUAUUUGAAUUUCCGGGGGGCGGAGCUUGGAUUUGCUACAUAUGAAAUCUCACUGCAUCUGAGUCUGCUAUUUGGGUCUGCCAGAGAUUCACGGCGAUUAUAAUGCAGAAAUACUCAUAAAUGCAAUUUUGCACUGAUUUUUCUCAUGAUAUGUCCUGUAGCAUCAGAAAAAUUCCAUAUAAACAUGUAAAAAAACAAGAAAAAAAACAUUAUUUUCAUCAGGGUGGGACUUUAAAGCUCCUGAAACAAACAUGCUAACAUAGUUCAGAGUUGUUCUCCAGAGUCCAUUUAUAUGUUAAACUGCUAAUUUUACAGUAUGUUCACAUAAUCAGGCCUGAGCUGUAUAAAUGUAUAAAAAACAGUGUUAUUUCUUUAUCUUAAAAUUGGACGCCCAGUGAGCUUAAAAGAUGGAGAGUAUGGUAUAUCGGUAAUAACACGCUUUUAUUUUCCAUUACUGCCGAAGAGCACCUCUGAUCAGAUGGUCGGGGAAAUCUGCUAAAAAUAACCAUAUGCUUUGAUCUCUGCCUCGGUCAUUUGACGUAUGUUUUGUACAGAAUAUAAAUGACAGAGAGGACGGUCAUGAGACACAGCAGGACUGAAAUAAAAAGAAAACAAUCAGGGUGAGACGUAGGGGCUGGAUUUAACACUGAGGAGUUUGUAAUCUCAUAAAACAAGUAAUCUCAAAGUAGUGAGUGACACGGUGAGAUUAGGAGAGGGUAGAUAGGAAGUGAAACACUGGAGAGAAAGUGCUAAGAUAGAGAUUAACUAAAAGAAUGGAUGGCAUGACUUUCUAAGGCUUUGGGACCUGAUGAGGUGAUAAAAAGGAAGUUAAGUCACUGGGGUUUCUUUUAUGUGUCUUUAAUGCUUAGUCACGUCUCUUUUUUUCCCUACAAAAGCUGCAAGUUAAUUUCCCCAAAAGUAAUCCAGGAGUCUGCAACUUUAAUCCUAAAGAUAUAAUUAGGUGCUUUGUAUCUUAUGUAAUUACCUUGACUACUUUUUUUUCUUUUAAACAGCUGAAAUUUGGUAAUGAAGGGAAGCAGAUUAAAGACAUUGCAUUUGGGAUUUGAUGGAUUUGAUGUUAUAUCCUGAUCUUAUUUCAAUUCUGUAGUCACAUAAUGAAACAAGUCAAGAGAAAGUUCAAGUAAUUUAUUUAACAUUUGCGAGUACAGGUCUUUGAUUUGUAUUAUUUACAUCAUAGAAGAUAGAAACUAAAGCCCUGUGGGAGAAAAAUGAAAGAAUAAUGCGAGUCUAUAAAAGAAAAAGUCAGCUGAAAAAAUACAAUCUUAUGUUAAAAUCAUAGCUAAUCCAUCGCAACAGACGGUGAAGCAAUAAGCAGUGAAAAUAACCCAAGUCCAGGCAACUUAGUAGUAAUCAAUUGGUUGCAUAGAGACUAAAACGAUUCAGGGAUGGAGACGGGAGUCACAAUAACAGCAAACAAAAAGCAAAACAGAGGCAGAGAGGCUGCUCUUAUCUGGAGAUGACUGCUAUCUGGUGGAAGACAGCCACUUUUGUUUUGCUAUGCCUCAUUGUGUGGCGUCUUUGAAAUCCACGAGGGCCUGUUACACAGCAUUCAUUUUGUUUCAUCACUCACACAAAGGCUUGACUGGCAUUAUUUGAGAUAGUUUGUUUCAGGUACAAUGAGAGUAAUUAUUUAGGCUGCAUCGAGGACAGAGAGAGCACAGACUGAAAGUAAGCAAUAUUAUUGGCAAUGGUGGAAUAUUUCGGCAAAUUGUUAAUAAAAGCCUCUCAGAUGGGAGCCCCAUUUUUAUCAGGCAUCGCCGCUGCAUCACGCACUGGCUUUUCGAGCUCACAGAAUACAAAAUCUGAGCAACAUCAGGCUGUCGUGGACAUAUAGCUCUUUAAAGGCUGCUUUCGAUAGCAGCUUUACGAGCAAAAACAAAGCCGAAAUAGCUGCUCUGAAGACAGCUGUGGUUUAAAAUGUGGUUUCAGCACUUAAUAUUAUAUAAUAUCCAUUCAAAUGAAGGCUAUUUACCUUUCUCCACAACUCUGCCUUGGUAUUUUUCAUCUUUUGAAGUCUCGUUUCCCACCUUCAUCCCACUUUGAACUUCAAGUAACUUUGAGAACACAAAAAAUGGGUCAAUGGAUAAGUGAAAAUCAAAGCAAAAGUGGACACACACAACUUCUAAGCCACCUACUGCACUCCUGUGUCCUCGGAAAGUCUUAAAAACAGCAGGGGAAGGUGAAGCUCUACAGCUCAGGAGAGUUUCAGCUUUUUUUUCAUUCGACUUUAAUGUAUUCAGGUACAGUCGAGUCAGUACAUCACUAUAGGACGAUGUUGAAAGCCUUUGGUUAUGCAUGCAGGUUCCUGCAGUCCUGCUCUUGUUCCCUCUUCUGAUUCACACACUUCUCAAACUGUGCGCCUGGUCACUGCUCUACAUCUGUACGAAGUCUGGAAAUAUUGAUUGGGUGAUAAUUAAAUUGUCCAUCCCUGCUUGAUAUGGAUUAAUAAUUGCCCACUAAUGCCCUCCUGACAUUUUGCAGUAUUGACUCGAUACUGUUUGCAGCGGCGCGCCGAUAAUUAUGACGCUUGGCAUUCUUCAUUUUGUCCCUAAUGAGACCAAUCAGAGUUGGCUCGACUUUUGCCUAAGAAUUAGAAAGGAGUGAAAAGGAGUGAGAAGGCGGGAUGGAUUUUCUCUUAGGGGCCAUUAUUCAAAGCUUCGGGCAUAUCUCAAAGAUAUCCUUGUCUUACAGGAGAGUCAUUUUUCUAUAUUUAAACAUUUUGGAUGUACAGUUGGUAGAAUGAAGAUAAGCUGUUAUACUGUGUUAGACCGGAUUAUGUAAAAAGGACAUCUUGGGACAAACAACAGCACCGUGACUAUAAAUACAGAGAUGAGAAGGUGGUAUGGGCAUGUUGCCACAUCACUGCUUUGACUUCCUCACUGCCAUCUGUGAGUGUUCCUCCUCUGGCAUUCUCACAAAGGCCUUUUGUGCCUUUUUCCCCCCUUUGUCCCUGUUUGCUAGGUUUAAUUAGGUUAUUUACUUGAGCCUCACCUCCUAGUGUUUCAUUACAGUGGGCAUCGCAGAUAGGGCUUCACACAGGGCAGGGGCAGAUAAAAAGUUAGGACAAAAGAUGAUAAAUGUCGCGAGCAGGAACCGGAAUGCAAUCUGGCUGCCGCGAUGCAGAGAUGCUCUAAUGGCUUCCCAGCCAGGAAGGGAAGGUGGAUGGGGGGGGGGAUCAGCAGAGAUGGCAACAUGAUAAAUGGUCCCGAGAUCGGCUGUAAGGACUGUAGGAAAGACAAAGAAAAAGGAAAGAGUCAUGGAUGGAGGGGGAAACGAAAAUGACCAUGAAAGAGAAUCUAAUUAAUCUGGACUCCGUUCCCCAUUGUGACAAAUUCAGCGCAAAAGAAGAAAAAAAAUGUUUGUUUCGGGAUCACCCCACAGCCCCGCAAAGACAAGACCACUUUCCACAUACAGUAGGCUGGGACAUAUGGGUUCUGACAAUGGCUCUGCACCUGUGGAAUGAUGGAUGACAGGGGAUUCACCCUACACACAGCCGAGUGGAGAUACAUGCUCCAAACAUGCGCCAAGGAGAAACCAGCUUCAGACAUAAUUCAGCUGAUAUAAACCGGUAUGUUAGAGUUCUUGAUAUCAAACUUCACAGUGACUUUGUCUUCAUGUAGAGACACAACCGAGGGAUUGUUCCCAGGGACGGAUCUGCUGAUAAACAUUAUCCAGCUGGUAUGUCAAGAGCAAAGCCAGCACAAGGAGGCGUGAGUCCUCCAUAGAGGUUGAUAUGUACUUGCUAGGCCAGCUGAUGGGUCUGCAAACUCCAGGCUAACCAAAACUCAGACAGAUGAAUGGCUAACCAUGCGAAUACGCGAAUUUCACACGCAAUAUCCCAAUCUCUUUUAAAUAAAGGAGGGAGCGCUCAUAAUUUACCACAAAGUUUAUAACUUAGCCUUAAAUUCAGCCAGAAUAUAAUGCACUCCACAUUUUUAUUUGGUGGAUUUUAAUUCUGUCCUUUUACUGAAAGCUGUCAUAAAAAAAUGUGUAAAAAAAAAUGCCUCAUUCACUCAUAAAAUCAGUACUUUCACUCUUUAUGUGGACUGCAUUUACCUGAAUAUUCAUGAAGCUCACAACCACCUGCAGUGAAUGUGCAAGCUUGCUCUUUAACCUUUAAUCUAUGUGAGAAAAAGGGAUGAAGACAUUACUUACGGAGGACUGUAUUACCUUGUGGCGAUUUGUGACAAUGUCAUUGGCAUUUUUACUCUCUUCUUCGCAGUUUUACGACUCUACAUUAAAAGCUAACAGCCCCGGCACUUACUCACAGUUGUUGCUUUUAGAAUAAUUUAGAUAACUGUUAAAACACUGGUGUAGAUAGACAGGUCUUUGUCUUUAGACUGGACAUGUUCUGCUGAUUUAUGGCUCGAACUGUUCUCCCCCCUUCACAUAUACACAAGCGUCUUAUCAAGACCCACAACUCUAUACAUUGUCUGUACAGUAUGUCUAUUCACAUGCUUAUGUACAUAAAUUCAAUGCACAUAAAAACCCACCCACACACACACACACACUCUCUCUCAUUCACUUACUCAAUGGACUAGAGCCCAUUACUGCUGGCAAACAUUUGCACACGAGACCAGCGCCUUUGUGUACCCUCUUGCUCUGUAAACUGAGGCUCCAUUUGGCAGAGGGUGAAAAAAAAGGAGGAAGAAGAGAAGGGCAGCUUACGCCAUCAGACCAAAGGCCUCAUCUCCGGUCCCCGGCGGUCUCGCACCCUAAGGAGUCUCCUCAUCUUUAGAAAUCUAUCCUUCAGAGGAAAACGACCGUAUUCGAUUAGAUCUCCUGCUGAAACACAGUCGGAAAAAUGUCCCAAAAAUGAACUCUGGGAGGAAUUUUCCUAAACAAACCAGAUUUGCAUGAAGCCAUCAGCUGUUCUAAGUUGACUGGUUCGCUUGCUAUCAUCUUGAAUGUGAUGCAAAUGUUUCCAGGGUAAAAAAUAAACUUUAGUUCUUUUAAGCCAGUGUUGGAAAUUAAAGCCUGUCUCAUUGAAAACUUUUGGAACCAUGGCGACGCAAUUGUACAGCUUUUUUUUCUUUUUCUCCCAGGUUGAUCAUUUUAAAUAGAAAUGAAAACACCUUUAAAAAGUAGCUCAAAAGAGAGAGUCUCGUAACACCUACACUCUGUAAACAGACAGAAACAUGCACACACAAAGUCGUCCUCUUCACACUUCUAAUCAUCUCUGGAUGAAUCAUCCCCACAUCCACGCACAUAAAGACAGAGCCUUUCAAAAGUGAUCUGAAGCCCUUAAUUUCACUGGAUUAUUUUAAUUAUGUCCCCUGAGGCUUGUGUUUUGUUUUUUUUUUCCUUUUUUUCCCACUUAUUUUGCUCCUGAGGUGACAUUGCACUGUUUGCAUCUGAGUGAAAACCCCCAUUCGCCAGUCUGACCCUGAUACCACUCGCUCUCAUUUGUUUACCAUCUGUAGUUCUUCAAAGACACACUCACACACACACACAAACUGUUUUCUUCAGAGGUUCACAAUUAAGAUGUAAAGACCUGAACUUAUUUACAGCACUUUAUUUAGUUUGAGACAUAUCCAUAAUGUGUAGCAAGCAAAGAAAGCACUCUAAGUCACAGCUAGUGUUAUAUCUUUCAGACCCGUAUGCCACUUUUUUAAGGACCUGUGUAAUGGUGCUUGCAGCAUGUCUUGUUUAUUCAAAAGAAAGUGAAUUUUGGUGCAAAAAAAUCACAGAUUCAGCCUCUGAAGGAUCUGCAGCCUCUCAGUUUCUAAACUCAUCAUCAAUGCAGGAACACUGUGCUGCACCUGAGGGGAGUCUGAGGGAGCAGGAUUAAGAGGUCAAAAAACACAAAAACAAACACUGCGAAUGCAACCUGGACCAUGGUCCAACCUGGACCUCGACCAAGCCUUUUUUUUUUUUUUUUUAAUAAACUGUCAAAAGUUUCACAAAAUGGUACCACUUGAUGAUCACAUGUCUGCUGUUGUGUCAUCAGAUCUAUAAUAUCAAAGAAGACCAGGUUAAGUCCUGACUGUCUGCAUAGGAGGAACCAGGUUGCUCAAGGAGUGAAACUUUUGUGCACAUGCCUCUGCUAAUCACUCCAAGCAGCACAUCACUAGCAUCACUGGCUGACUUCAGUAGCCUUGAAGAAGCCAUGUUUUCCCAGUAGGGAGGCUACUGGAACAACACAGAGGCUGUGUCACUUCCAGAUUUCUGGGGUUACUUGGCUAAAAGAUAACUUAAGUAAAUAAGGAAAACCGUGAUUUCUACUAUAUGGGACUUUUAAGUGGAACAAUGAUUUACUUUAUUAAAAAAAAAUGUAUUUAGAAAAAUGAAGUUUGUACUAACAUGAAAGUCGGCAGCUAAAAGGUGCAGCAUCAAAACUGCAAUUAGGUCCUAAAAGCUAAUAACCUGACAUUUCACAUUAUGUAUUAAUGCUGCUGUAUCCUGACAGAUAGCACUCUUUGUCUACUUCAAAGAGGAAAAGGUGAUUUUUUUCCCCCAAAGACGUUUCAAUUACUCCCAUUUUUCUUCCUCUAUUUUAUAUGCAAUGCUCUUCCCUUCACUGCUGCGUAAAAUUAGUGGCCUGUGAAAGGUCACUUUGCUCCUUGAGUGACUGUUUGUGGUACCUCCCCUGCAUAUUUUUGCCCCAGAGAUAGGACUCAGGUUUGAGGAUGGCCAGGACUACAGCUGAUGGCAUGGAAUAAGAUUUUUUUUUUUUUCACAUUGUCAUUUACAUUUAUCCCAAACAGAUAGUAAAAUCUUUCUUAACUUCAUUCAGUAGCUGGAAAAACUAACACGGGAAAAUUUAAGCCCCAUUUUCAUUGCGGUUGAGGUGGAACCGGCUUUCUGCUGAACUCUGGGACAUUCGCAGGAUAUGUGAGCUGCUGAAAGGAAGCCAGUUGUCAUCUCCAAGCAUUGCUGGAGCAUGAGCUAGUUUGUCUUCAAGCGCCUGAGAAAACACAGCGCCGGGAAUGUGUCACCUUUUACGGCCUGACAACUGGCAUCUACUGGAAAUGGCUUGGCACUACUUUUCCAUAAAAUUAGAGCCUGUUUAAAACACACAAUGCUGAAUCCCUGGUAUGAUUUGCAACAUAAUUCAUCUCAGCUUUGUAUGGUGGCAAAUAUGAGGCAAGCUUUUCCGCUACUCAGAUGAGGGCGUAGAUAAUUAUAUGAAGUUUAUCCUUUGUAGGAAAGAGGACAGACCCUAGCGUGGUAUAAUUCGGUCCUCCAUGCUUACAUGUAAAAAUGUUGCUUAUUUGAUGUUUCAUCCCACUUCCCCAUCUAUAUAUCUUUUGAUUUAUGCUACAUAUAGCGGAAAGCAGCAGCUUUGCAGAUUUUCAUCUCUGCAUGCCGUCACGCUGAUAUUCUCUUAUCAAUCUCACAUAAAAUGUACAUCACACAUGUGGCAGAAGCAUGAGAAUCAUACCAAAUCAUGUUCCCUUAUUAUCUCCACAUGUCAUUACAUUGGCGGUAAGCUGACAUGGCCAAAGACUGUUUAUCACUUUUGCCAUUUUUAACAUCUUUUCAAGCCCAUGCAGCCCCCAGCCUGAUAACUAUUGGUCCAUUUUGCUGCAGCUCUGCCAUUUAAUGAAUCGUUCCAUUGCCUGGUGGAUAACAGAAUGAACGAAUGGCUUUCUGUGUUAGCGGCUGCCACUGCCUAUCCUAUCAGAUAAUUAACUUUUUUGCAAAUAGACUGCACUGACUACCAAACAGAGUAAGCCUGCACAAUUAGAAUUACUUAUCUAUGUUCUCUUUCUCUCUCUUUUUUUUUUUUCCCCCAGACGUCGGAGGGAAAAAAAAACAAACAAGACAAACAAAUCCAAAUUUCAUACUUCUUGCUUGACUGUUUUCUCCUCAAAUGGUCACACAUGAGUUGGCUCGAUUCGAGAUUUGUGUAUUCACACAUUAAUGAACAAGUAAUGAAUGAGAGGGAGAUGAAAAUGGAGUCUUAUUGAAAUUAAAGCCUCUAUUAUUUGGCACCGACGUUUGACAACCACGGCCCAGAUGUUUAGAAUUUCCAUCAGGAGGGUCUGGUGUUUUCCCCGUCGUUCCCUCCUCCUCUUGUAUGUUUUUUUUCUCUCUUCCUCUCUAGCGGAUGGUCUCGCGUUGACGGUGUCGCAAUUCAAUAUUUAUAUGUUUCCUUCUGUUUGGUUUCCACCGCAAAGGGAGGUGGGCUUUUCAUGUGUCUGAUUUGCCACAGCAGUGAUUCGGUUCCAGCUUUUAAAGCGUCGGGGGCCGUUUGAACAAAGCCAUCUGUUUGAGUGGGCCGUUUUAUUAAGUGACAAACUGGAUCCCUCUACCUCGCUAAUGUGUCCCGUGGGAGAUUGCUGUGGCUUGUGUGUGAGACAAACACAGGAGAGAGCUAAAGCCAGGGUACAAGAUUCCUUCUGCAAACAUCGUAACGCACCAUAAGAAUACUUCAUCACUGAUGUAUCUGUCACUCCCGAAAGGUUUUAGCCUCUCUGAAUCCACAAUGGUAAUUGAAUAAGAGGGCCUUUCAGCUCCUAUCUUAUCCCAAUGAAACACAGACUAAGAAGCUCAGAGCUCCCCGUUCCAUAAAUAACCCUUUAUAUUUAUUUAAUGAAAUCUUCCAGAAUUUUCUAUUGUCCAACGCUCGCUCACAGCCCAAUUUAUUAAUGUCCCGUUGCCGUGUUCGCUCCUAUUCUGCAGGAAUAUUCAAACACCUUUAGGAGCAUGUGAGCUCCUGGUGCACAUGCUCUUGAUUUGUCUUGCCGGAGAAUCUGUCAUUGCAUUGAAUGUGGGACAACAGCAUCAGGCAUUCCUUUUGAAGCUUUUGUCGGUGCAAAUAGAAAAAAAAAAGAAAAAAAAAAGUGCCCCCUAACUCUUGCAGAACCACAGCCAGAAGCAAAGCAGUGCCACUGAGCAUGAGUAAUACACAGCAAAGAGGGUCCCGUUGGAAUAUGAUUUUUGCAACCUGAGUCACUGGGCUGAAUAUUUGGCAAAGACAAUACGCUGGUGAGUUGUGUGUUAAAGUGCACGUUUGAGUUUCCUGCCUUUGAAGCCGUCUUAGUGAUGAUAUGCAACUCCAAGGAGAAUAAGGGACCCUGACCUGAUCCCAGAGUGGACCUGCAGCCCUGGUAUCCUCAUGCAGCCUCAAUGUUGAUGUACCAUUAAACUGCAUUCUUGUAUAUUCCAUUGAAUUAGUUUUACAUAAUCACUGUGGAUUUUUGCUUAGCGAGCACAUUUGAGCGGCGCAGAAGGGGGCGGGGGCAGUGUAGGAGAAGGCUUGUAUUAUGAACUUCAUUAUGUGUGACAAGCAGCGCAAUAUUGAUGGAAGAGCGAGUCCCCAUCAUUGCACCGCGUUAAAACCUCUGCAGUGAAUUAAUGUACUAUUCCUGAUCCAGUAAUUAACAAUCAUUCGGAGGCCAUAUCCCUUUUCAAGUAAUCGCUAAUUGCAAUAAGAAUUUCAGUUUCCAUUUAAGGCCAGAUUACCGAUGAGCAUGCAAUGCAAAUCAGGCAACAGUUCUAAUUAAGCUCCGAUUCCUUUCUCUUCCUCGCUGCCUGGGCCCUUUGUGAGCGCGUACAAUGUGGAGUUUGUUUUCUCGGCAUUACAAAAGACAAAUUUUUUAUCAUAAUGCUGCAGAUAGAGGGCUGUGUACUGUGUAGUGCCCCAAAGAAAACGGUUUAGGCUUGUGUUUGUUCCAUUGAUUAGUAUGUGUUGUUUAUCUUCCCUCUUUCUUUUUCCACAUUUUUUUUCUUUGGCAUUGUUUAUCUCUGGGUUUGUGUCUGCACUGCUACGUUCUGCUUCCUUCUUUACAUGGGGGGGCAGAUGUUUUCUGAACACUGUAUAGACAGUUAAUUAAUCCACAGAGAGGGUGUUGCUUUAUAGAGCACACGCAUGAAUGCACUCACAAUGACCAACCCAUUCCUGUGCAUCUCUCUUUAUCUAAAGACUAUUCUACUCGGACCGUCAGAGUACUUAAAGGUUACAUCGAGUCAAAUGUCAUCAGCAUAUAUACUUAAUGCUUCACUUUCACCCUCUUCAAACACUUGCUGCAGUUGUGACAAUUUAUCAAUAUCUCAGGACUGAAAAGCUGCAGCUUAAGGAUGUCGAAUGAGGUUAAUGGCAUCUUUAAGCACUCCUUUCUUCCACCCGUAUGUCCAAAACGGAGUAGGGUAUUUCCAGACUGCCACCCAAAGUGUUAGGAUUAAUUAUCGCCCUCCACAACCCCGCCUCACCCUGCAAGUUAAAGAUUCAGAGAGGAAAUGACCCCUUUCAUGCAAAUGAAAUUGAAUAUGUCAGUCAGUAUAAUUGUGAAAACCGAGCCGUCUUGGACUGGUGUCUGUGCCGAAUAGAGGUUCUAACUGAGAGAGGGGUUUAUUAAUGUUCGUCUCUCCACUCUUUGAUUCAUGCUUUUUAAUGGGCUGGCGGAUCAAACUUUACUCUAUGGCAGAACCCGGAGAUUUGAAAUGUUUUGGCCGUGAUGAAUGGAAAUCGGACUGACUUCUUAAAUGCAGUGUUUGGCCAAGUUGAGUCAGUAUCAAACAAACUUGUAAUGCAUGCAGAUCUACAAAAAAAAAAAAAAAAAAAAGCUCUAUACCUUUUCGGUUGAACUGGACAGUAGGCUGCAGAUUAAACUUUCAGUGUUGCGACGGGUAUCAACCAUACAUCACAAUACGUAUCUUAUUGUAAAAAUCCUUUUCAUGUCCCAGCCCUGUUCAUUUGAGCUCUAUCACCCCUCAGCCUUCCUUUUGUUCAACAUCAUCAACAUCAUUGACACUAUUUGCAUUCAUCCUCUGCUCUAACCACAGGUGCAUUAGCAGGCAGAGCGAAUAAUACAUUUGUUUAAGCAGGUGUAGUUUCCAUUGUUGUUGGUUAUGUCUUCAAUAUCCCUCUUGGAUAUCAGAGAUCCCAAAUAUGGUUCACAAACACAACUACCCGACUUGAUAAAUGGCCCAUUGGUCUCUCUGGGUGAUAUCAUACACUGGUACAGCCAACUAAACUUCCUCUGCAAGUUGAUUAUUCUAUUAAGCUGCUGAAUGUUGCUAGAGUCUGAUUUUCUAAGGCCGACAUCUCGGCGAGAUUUACAAGAAAAUCAUCAAGUCCAGGCUUAAGUGCUCCAUGGCUCUCCCAGUGGGUUGGUUUUAGUAGAAUAUGGAUCAAACAAAACAACUAAUAAACGGCUCAGAACAAUAAGGGGGGCUGUAUAAAGUAGCACGAAACGUUUUAUGUCCCAGGACUGUACCACCCACAUUGUUGAAGGCUUUCAUUUUGCUUUUAUGUUUAUCCGUAAAAAAAAAAAAAGUAUCUAUAAAUAUAGAUUUCCAGUCGUGAAACAGUCUGCCCCCUCAGCCCUGUGGACAUGGGUGUUCUGAGAAUAGUUGAGGCUUUUCCAGUCAGCCACCGUCAUUAGAAGCAUCUUCCUUUCCAGGGGUGGUGGCAAAUGUGAACAAGGUUACAUAAUGACCUCGAGGGAGACCGGGCACAGGCCCAUGUCUCGAACCUUUCAGCUCGUGGCAGGCUUUACACUUCUCAUUUGUUUGCAGGCGACAGCUUAGCGCUGGAUUAACAGGUGCCUAGCCAAGGUAUUAAUUCAUGUAGAUCAGGGUUAACUCUUUAAGGAGUCUGCAGCGUGUAACAGAGGUUACAGGGGAAUUCACUGAACAGGAUUUCUUUAAACUGAGAUUAUUUCAAUGCUUGAAGGCAAAACAGAGUCCACACAUUAUGUAGAUGACAUUUGGUAUUUAAAUUUUUCUAAUAACACUCAGCAGGUGAGGAAGUGGCAGAUACAGCGCACCGCUUUCUGAUAGCUUUUCUGUUUUUUCAAGCGUGAGUGAAAACUCAGGGCUGUCUUUAAAAAAAGGCUUUCUCUCCAGUGCAUGAGUUUGAACAACAUUUGUUCACAGUGUCUUUUUGGAUGCUGUCAAGUUGCUCGUCAUGGCGUUGUUCAGAGAAAACUGAGAUUUCAAUCAGCCUCUGUCUACCUGAAGGCAUAAGAGGACUCUACCAAAAUGGAUGUUUGUCAGCGGCGGACCUAAAAUGGGGGUAUGAUGGUGAUAUCAGCGGCCAUGUCUGUGAAAACACCAUUACCUCCAUGUCACGCCUCAAUCACUCCCCAUUGUGCGAUGACUUUCCCCCGGCCCUCCUUCCCCCUCACCUCCAGCGCUGAUCUCCCCGUACAUGUCCUCGCAGUCUAUCACAACCAGCGGGGAGACGCACCGAGCCGUAAUGGAUGGCCCCGGAGCAAAAAGCAGCCCCAAUAGCAUAUCAAUUACCCAUCAGCACCCUUUUGGCUGGAUGCCAGUAAGUGCCACGCCCCGGCCGAGCCAGUUGGAUAAGGUGCAAAUGCAGAUGUAAUGGUUCCUUCUGCAGCGUACAUAUUAAACAGUGUCAGCUCUGUUACCCACCUGUCGGAUCUGUCAGCUGGUGAAUAAGAGCGCGGUUCUGAGGGUUUGUUAAUCUGUGUGUGCAUUCGAGAACGUGUGCGUGACGCGAGGCAAUCGGGUGAUUUCCCAGACUCAUUUGCCCAGUGGAAGCCCAGCUGCUUGCCUGUUUAUCUGUUGCCUCUUUUUGAUUGCUGACCACACAUCUUAUGUCACCUCUCCAUGAAUCCUGCAGGUUAAUUCUCUCCUCAUUCAACGUGCCGCAGCAGACGCCGCUGGGCACGAGAAAUCAUUCCGCACGCAGGCACGCGAACAAGCCCGAUCACACAUUCUCUCUCACACAAACACACACACACUCUCGCACACACAAGGUAAUUCAGAUGGCUGGCAUUACCGCAGCUGUGUGGCCCCUAAUGGCCCGCUGAAGUGAUUGAUAAAAGGCAAACAGUUGCUCCACAGGGGGACAGAUGGAGCUACACCUCCCACUGAAGCUGGCACUUGUGCAUCAGAGGAAAACACCGAGGGGGUCUGGCUUAGCACUAUGACAUUAUUGCUAUUGAAAUUAGCCUUGAUCAUCAUGAUAGAGCUGGAAUGGAAAUCUAACAAUCAAAAUCUCAUCAGGGAGAGACAGGGUCCUUUGAUUAUUUUUCACCUGCAUGUGUUUAGUUUCUCCUGGUUGUAAUAGAAACGUGAGCGGGAACUGAUUGUCCUGGAGGAAGAAAAAACAGGUGUAACAUCACUUGGUUUUCAAACCUGAGAGUAAAUGAAAAAAUUGUUCCAACAAGCCUGAUUAUAUUUGGGAAUCAAAACACAACCUCGCUCACAUGCUGCUGCAGUUUGCCUCACUUUCGUCAUCAGUGCCUGAGGAAACGCUAUUGUCCAGUGUUGUGAAUCCACCACGAUAGCUGGGAACGUCCAUGCCAUGUCCACACAAAGCAAUCACUGUUCCAGCCUGCUAUUCUCUCACCUCGACUCCCCUGCAUUUUUAGCAUUUUUCUCCUCACUGUCUUUACACUUGACUUGUCCCGCUGAAUUGAGGGACCAAUUAGUGGCCACGGAAUGCCCACGUCGCCAAUCAGAGCAUUGCGAGGACCUUAUCAGGUGCGUGUCUCAUUUGCGUCAGGCACAAGCACCGUUCCGAUUGGUUGGUUUUGUGGGGGGAGAUUAGGGUAGUCUGCUGGUGGAGCGAUAGAAAAGCUUCUGUUUUUCUGCAACAGUUGGAAAAGGUUGGCCUUUGUUCAUAGAAACACAAAACGUGGGGAUUUUUGUGCUUUGGAGCGGCAUGUUGACAAAUUGAGAGGAUGACGUCUGUAUGAACCUCGACAUUUAGAGCCAUCAGUCUGAUUAGCAUGUAGACAUCAGCUCAAACUCUAAGCAAUUUAGCAAUAGUUUGAUUUCUGUUUGAUACAAAGUGCAUGUUACUCUUCACUUGCUACCAGAGGGAAAUGAGCAAUAGUGUUAUUAUCCAUCAGGUGCUAGAAGGAGGCCAUUAGAUGCUUUGAUGGCUUCACUACAGUUACUACAGUUUUAAUUUUGGACCUCAGUCACAUAAGGUUUAAUGCUGACCGCCCAGAUGUCAAGAAACUUUGAACAAACCACUCCAAAGACCCCUGUCAGAUGAUCUGUUUCCAUCCACAAUAAAAUCAUUUUACUGUCUUGACCUCCAAAGACAAUCCUCUUCACAGCCUCACGUUGAAAUCUGCCGCUUUGCAACUUUCCUGUUUGUUUAUCUUGAUAACAGAGAUUAAUGGUCCUGACUGCGAUGCUAAGCAUGCUAACUAACUGUCUUGUUAUCUUUUUGUUCUCUCUUCUGUAUCUCCGCAGCACCACCAAAGUUUUUAAGAACCCCCAAUGACCAAACAGGCGUGCAAGGAGGGGUGGCAUCCUUUAUCUGCCAAGCUACCGGAGAUCCACGGCCGAAGAUCGUGUGGAACAAGAAGGGGAAGAAAGUCAGCAACCAGAGAUUUGAGGUAUUAGGUCUAUUGUUCUGAUGUAAAAUGCUCGACAAAAUUGGAAUGCUUCAAGCACUGCUUCUGGCUCUGCUCGCACAUAAUCCAUCUCCAAGCCCCGCUCGCCUGCUUUUUUGCCCUGACUUGCCACCACGCAUUAGCAGGCUCUAAUAAUCAUGCUGGCCAAGCUUUCGAACAUGCUUGAGUUUAAUGAGGAAGUUUACAAAAAGAUCCGGGGACAGAUUUGUAAUUCGAUAAAAACGACAAGAAAAGAGCAAUUGGAUAGAAGAGAAAACAACUUGUGGUAUGGCCCAGAUACCUACAUUAGCAUCAUGCCACAUUUGCCAGCUUAUGCAAAGUGAAAGGGGAAGCAGCGCUUUCACUUCGGAAUAUCCUUUUGCUUUGUGGCAUCUUUAUCUAAAUGCAUGUCCUACCCUCCUUAUUUUGGCUGCAGCUUUGAUUUCUGGUCAGCUUUAAUCUGCACUUGGGCUCAAUACCCAUGAGAAAUAACACAUCAUUGCAGAACACUGAUAAGAUUUCUAUUAAUUUCUGUGUCAGUCCUCGGGACUAUCACAGUGCCACUCCCCCCCGCUCCGCUCUUGAUGCCAUAUUUGCUUGCUUCUGCACUGCAGCAAUGGCUUAACAGAGCAUGGAGACCUCGCCCCGCUUCUUCUUUGGGUCUCAUAACGACAGAAAUCUAAUCUUAUCAGAGUUCAUCGCGUUUGCAUCGCACGUUGAGCUGAAUGCUAACACUCUAGUUUUCAUUCCCUCAUUGCCUCGCAGGGUUUGCUGGCUGCAGCCAUUUCACGCCCAUUCAAUCAUGUGCCGCUGCCUCAUCUUCUAACAAACACCCAUUUCCUUUUAGUCGUCUGGCGACUUAUUUUGUAAUUCACUUCUUAAAUCUGACUCAGUAUGGGGGGGCUGUUUUUUGCUUUCACCUGCUGUCAGCUUGAAUGUCAACACCGCUAAACCGCUUGGCCAAUGAAAUGUUGAAGUGUAUAAUUGACUAACACAUGCACAGAGAUAUUGUGAAUUUUCAAAAUGUUCGUAGGCUUUUGUGUGCGUGUGUGUGUGUGUGUGUGUGUGUGUGUGUGUGUGUGUGUGGGUGUGGUAUGUGUGAAGAAGAGAUGUAAAGCCUAUCUUUAUUGCAAUCUACCUCAAUGCUUAAAAGAGAUUGAGUUAUGACACAAGGCUUUCUAAAGUCAGUGAGUAUUCAACAUGUAGCAUGCACAAAAAAAAAAAAAAAAUAGCUGAAUAAGCUACGACAAACACCUGUUUGUGAACAUUUUUAUGUGUCGUUCGUCCAAUACAGUCGGUCCUGUCUUUUGUACCACUACCUCACCUCAUGGUACAACUGUCCGUAACAGUUUAUCAAGCCACUUUUAACUGUUUGUGCUUGUUUCUGUCCCAUCCACACAAUCCAGUGUGAUGCAUUUUUUAAAGAUAGACAGUUAACUUUAAGAGUGGGACAUACUCAAAUUUACAGUCCGCUACAAAACGGGGAAUCUGAGAAAAAUCUGACGAAGGAAAACAUCCCCAUUCUUAAAGUUAGUCAGCUGCACUGCUUAUAUUACCAAUCAAUGCACAAAGAUUAACUAUGUCUAAAAAAAAGGGCACGUCUGAGCACACGGCCAAUCAAUUUAAUACAUUCCUACAAUUAAAAAAAGCUCAAAUAUACACAAAUAUAUCAUCUAAAAGUAUCCUUCUAUUUAGAUCCUGAAGUUGCAUUCUGUAAAUGUUAAGUGUACAAACACAGAGUCACUAAUAAACACUAAAUCACAGGGGGUUUUAUCAUAAGGUAGGCACUCACUGUUGUUCCCGUCAUAGGAAGCACAUUGUGUCACCAUCAGUGUUGUUAGCCAAACGUCCUCAAAAGUCUCGCUGUUUUUUUAUGUCUGUUUGUUUCUCUCUGUUUGUUUUUGUCUGCUGAAGGUCCCUCACCCAUUGUGAACAAAAAAAUCUCCUUUAACAUAUCCUGUCUCUCGCACCUGCAGGUGAUAGAGUUCGACGAUGGCUCUGGUUCAGUGCUAAGAAUUCAGCCUUUGCGCACGCCCCGAGACGAAGCCAUAUAUGAGUGCGUCGCCUCCAACAGUGUUGGAGAGACGAGCGCUACCACCAGACUCACUGUUUUACGUGGUAGGUCCUCAGAAGACAAAAAAUACACACCACUAACAUGCCCCCUUUUUCUCCCAGCUAACUCAGGUAAGCAUGCAUUUCCUUGUUUGUCUGUCCUGUCCUCUUCCCUUUGUUUUCUCACUGUCUCGACACACAGUCAAACCCAAUUAGAGACCCUGGUUACACUCACGUUGUGUAUUCUAACGUGAUAAGAUUUAGUCCAUUAGCCAUUUCGCCGAGUAAGUUUCCGUUUCUAAGUGACUUAAGUCAUUUGCAUACAGAUUCCUGACACAAUAAUUAAGAUGCCAGUUAAAUUAUGCAAAUAGCCAUCCACUUCUAGCCUGGGGUGGUUUAAUGGAAAAGCUCAGCAAUAAUUUUCAAAUCAGUCAUUUUUCAUCGCUGCACUUCAGCUUUGAUAUUCGUUUGACCGUGUAGAAAAUAAAGCAGUGUUCUCCCGUGGGAUUAGCAAGCACAUUUUGUUUGUUGUUGCUCUCCCAAUGCCAGUAUCUUUCAGUGACCAGUGGCUGCUAAUAGCCGGCACUCUUCUGCACAAACACGCGCGGAACAAACGAGGCGGGAAAGGUCAGCUGCUUUGUUUACUUGCGCUAAGUGAAGAGAAUAAAAGUCAAGCGACAAACAUCAAGUUGGUUGACGGUGGCUCUUUUAUAAUAAGGACUGAGCAAAAAUGUUAUCUUGAUUACACAAAACAUUCCAUUCAAAGGCAAAUAUGUGGUGUCCCAGAGCUCAAAAGGCUGCGUAAUAUCGCUCUAAAACAUGACUUGUUUGGCUGUGAAUGGAGAAAAUGGCUUUAGAAAAGAGCCUUGGGCAAGCCUGAAUGAGGUGUGCUCCAUUAUGUGCCACAAUUACACAACAUGGCAAAUGAGUUCCUAUUGAGAGGGGUGCCUCCAUCCUAUAGAAGAAGAAAAAAAAAAAAAAAAGCUGGCGCUGUGAGUCUCUGAAGCCCCCACCUUUCCUGCUUCUUAUCUCUCCAAUGAGCCAACAAAAGGCCCUCUGCGCUGUCUCCAGGGGCCGAUUCAAAGAGAAAGGUGGCACGUUCACAUGCAGCUCUCCCCCUGUUUACUCUGGAGCAUAAAGCAUAUGUGUGUGCGUGCAUGUGCUCUCACAAGCAAUAUUGUGCACAUUUCCUGUUCACUCCUGCUCUGUCACUAUCUCUGUUAUUCCCCUUCACACACACACACACACGCACACACACACACACACACACACACGCACACACAAGCCAAGAGAUAGCUGAGGGACGGGUAUAGACGCAGCUCUUCCCAGCUCCACAGCCUAGCAUUAGCAUGUUUAUUACCAUUUCUAUUUUGCUCUUCUUCUCGCCCUCCUUUCCCAUCAAUGUAUUGAAGGUGAGUAGAGGCCCUAUCGUGGAUCAACAAAACAGGAAAGAGCUUUUUCCUUCUCAGCUUUGGUGCAAAUAAAAAGGUGUGUUCCCUGUCCUCACCGUCCCUGGAUACCAAUAAACAGAAAUAUUGGCAUCGUAAAGGAAUCAGGUUGUAUUCUACAUAAUUCUGACAUUAAUACACGUCCCCUAGCAGUGUUACAGUAGCGUUUUUAACCUAUACAUACAGGAAAAAGAGUUGUUUACAUGCUGUUUAAAAAGUCAAUAAAACACGUGUAGCACCACCUCUCCUUUUAACAACACUUUGUAAACAUAUGGGAGCCAAGGAGACCAGAUUUCAGAGUUUUUGGAAGUGAAAUCGUGUCCCACUCUCGUGUUAUACAGAAUUUCAGCUGCUUUGACUCUCCUUUGUUGCAUUUUCCAUUUCACGAUCCACCAGAUGUUUUCAAUAGGUGACAAGCAGGGACUGCAGGCAGCCCAGUUUCGCACCCAGACUCUUCUGCUGUUGUUAUAAGUCCACUACAGUAUGUGGCUUGGCAGUAUCUUGCUGAGACAUGAGAGGCUGACCCUGCAAAAGUCCAAAACCUGUGUAUAUCACUGAAUAUUAAUGGUGCCUUGCCAGAUCUGUAUGCUAUCUACGCCAUGGACACUUGCACAUCCCCAUACCAUCACAGAUACUGGCUUUAGGACAGCUUUCCACUCUGCCUCAGUCUACCUUAAGAUGACUCAGGCUCAGAGAAGUCACCAUUCUUUCAGGAUCAUGUUUUUUUAUGGUUUCGCACAGUUUUAAUCUGCAUUUGUGGAUGCAGUGACAACCUGUUCACAGAUAAUGGGUUUUAAAGUGACUUUGAGUCCAUGCAGUGAUUUGCACUUCAGCGUCAUGCCUGUUUUUAUAACAGUGCCACCUGAGGGCCUGAAGAUCACAGCUAUCUAGUAUUGGUUUUUGGCCUUAUCCCCCCUUUUAUAACAAUAUCAUACACUGUAGAUAAUGAAAUCCUCAAAUCCCUUGGCGUAUUAUACCGGGGACCAUCAUUCUAAAAUCUGCCCAACUAUUUGCUCACCCAGUUUUAGACAGGGUGGUGAACCUCUUCCCAUCUUUACUCCUGAUAGACUCAGUUUUCUCUGGAACAUCUUCUUUAUACUGAGUCAUGUUACAAACUAGGGAGAAGUCCCUCUAGGUUUUGUCAAGCAUUACAGAUCUUUUGCAGUAUUCCUUCAACAUAAGAUUAACUGUCUUUGCACUCAUUUUCCAUCUUUCCAUCAUUGGCUUAUGAUCAAUCUCUGUUUUUUUUAUCAACAUUUUACACAGCUUUCCACUUUUUAGGGGGUGAAUCAGGGUUGUAGACAUAAACAGUUAUUUAAAUCAACAGAGAGAGGAUACAUCAAAGAACUGUAGUCAGUGAUUCGCUGUCCUGACUUGGCAGACAAAGAAAAGGAAGAUGCUUCGACAGUCCUGGCCAUAGAUUGUAUUUCAUUUAAUCAAAAGCAAUUUCAUUGGAGGAUUUUUUUUCCAAAUGCUAUCAUCUUAAGUUGUUAACUUACAAAACAAACACCAAAUGUUAAGCCAAGUUUGUCUUUCUAGAUGCUGGUAGUAAGCCAACACACUGCAGCACACUGUACAAGCAUUUUGAGGUAAUGUAAGGUCAGCUCGAGGAUGCUCUUUGUAUUAUUUAGAAGACCAAAAAGCUUCCUUCUGCCACAACUACUUCAUAUCGUACAACAAAUACGGCAUCGCUUGUUUCCUGCUCUUCCUUCCACAUGACAUAAACUGCGCUUUGAAAAACGCAGCCACAUUUUUCUUUUAUGUCUAGUCUGUCGACACCACCAGCCAAAAUAUGAUUUCUGUCCUCCUUUGGGUCUUUAGUGGAGAAAUACUUUACGAGUGUGCGGAGCAGGAUCAGAGGGAUAAAUAAAUAAGCAAACAAAGAUAAGUGAUACAACACCAGGACUAAUACAUAUAAAGUGACUGUUGGUUUAGUUCAUUUAGGCCCCAAUGACGUGUGGAAACGACUGCAAAAGCAUCUGGUGUAGGGAGCUCACUUCAGGGGGUGAUGCCUAAUUCCAUGUAGGAAAAGGAUACCGUUGUAAUUGCCAUGCUAUAAGGACAGGGGAAGCUGAGGUGACAAAUUCAGAGUAGUGUGUAAGUAGUGCGGGAUAUUAGUAUUCGCAUAGGUCCCUAACUUGAUGGGAAGCGCCAUAAGUAAUGAACUUCCAGGCUCGGAGAAGCCAUUUGCAUGAAAUGUAAUGAUGUUUUGAGUCAAAUCUGCUCAGCCAUAGCAUGAGGUGCAGGUUUUCCUUUGUGCACUUUUUCUGCACACUCUGUUUUGAUUAACUAGGAGAUGACCCGACUCAUAUGCGCCUUGUGUCUUUGAAUUAGGGCCAUCUUGAUUUGCUUUGUAAUUGAAAAUGACAGGAGGGGAUUGAAAAUAAGGAAGCAGCAGAUUUUGGGUGUCAUGGUUGAGAUAUAAUUCAGAGAAGUGGUAUUUGAUCUAAUUUAUGGGUAUUAUUCUGCGAGAUACUGGCUCGGGAGACAUGUACUCAUACAGCGUCUAUGCUUUCAAUAUUAUGUAAACAAAACUAAAACUGGAAAAUAGAGCGAAAGCCCCUCAAUGCAGCCUGGACUCUGUUUCAGCAGCAGUUCCAGUAGAAUGAUGUGUGGAUGAGAGUGCUGCAGUUCAUGAUUCAGGCAUGAUUAAGGAUUUAUAUUGCAUCCUCAUACUCCCAUUAUGCUGUCAACAGCCAUUUCCUGUAGCCCCGCACACAAGUGUGCAAACUUAUGCAGCUGUGCACAACUCGACAGUGGGAGCGGAAAAUGGGAAGCCGCUCUCCUGUGACGGAAAAACAGAAUGCAUCAUUUCCAUUUGUAUGAAAUGGUGCGACGGCAUAGUCGGAGCCGUGUAGCUGAGACAGAUCUUUCCACAUACAAUGAAGGGGCUGCUACAUGAUCGGUGAUUAUUCAUAGACAAUGCAGGCACUCAGGGCUUUCUGUCAUUGUGAGGAGAAAUAUGGUCUCUGGAGCUAAUAAAAAAGCCACACAAGGACCUGCUUUUUAAAAUGUUUUUAACAUAUUCAACGAAUGCUGGUCAACAAUAACUGUCCUGUAUAGCAAGAAAAAAACAAACCUGUAAAGACCGACUGCUAAUAACCGUUCAAAAAUGGCACUUCUGCUCACUCCUAACCAUCGUUUGUCCUCUGUGCACCAUUUUGUGAAUGCAUAAUGCCUUCAUUCUAACAACGUACAGAGAGGGAGAGACGAACAAAAGCUGGUCUGCCUGCUCAAAUUGCUUAGCAAGAUAAAUGCUGUGUCAGCGGUCUUGGACUGUCAGAGCAGGGGAUGCAGUGGGGAUGAAGCAAGUGACCGUUGUAAAAUUACUGUGCUUGUGAUCAGUGGCUCGAGAAGAGAGGGAAAAGUGUGGGUGUGGGGUGUGGGGGGGGAGCCACUGUGCAAUUCUCUGGUUUAGUGGCGGGAGCUCUGAAGAUGGCAGGACCCAGGCCGCCAUAUGGAACACUCAAUUUUGUUGGAAAAAUACAAAAGCUGCGCAGAGGCAACAUGCUGACUCACUGGAGGAGUAGAAAUUGUUUUUUUUCUAAAUGUAAAAUGAAUACAGUGUUAAUAACUGUCCUUAUGAAUAUGCUUUCUGAAGCUUUCAAAGCUGCUAGCUGCUUUGCAGUGUAAAUAAAUCAUCACUCGUGUUUAUUACACAGGCAUUUUUUCCCCUUCCCUCAUCAUGAUGGGACAAGUGCAGCUGAGUUACACCAUCAAUUAUCCUCCUGUCCAUCGGAUGUUUUAUUAAAUAUCCAGAGAUAGUUAUAGCUUAGGACUUGGCUCAUGUAGAUCAUACAGAUGCAACUCUCCUCUGAUUUUAAUUAGAGUUGGCUAUCUUUGCAUGAAUCAAUCUAGGCUUGAAAAUAAAUAAAAACUAUGACCACACCCUUUCCAUAUCUAACGGUGUGGUUUCUGUGAAGUCUGCAGGAUGGUUUAAGACAAAACCGCUGCCAACAAGAUGGAUGUUAGACUUUAUAGCCUGCAUAGUGUGUAAGUAAACAUCUGUCAGGGACACAUAGGCACUCGGACGGCGCUGAACAUGACAGAUAACUCUGCGCAUGUUGUUGCUUUGCGUUUUUGAAAUCAGAGCAAACACAGCCUCCUGAAUUAACAGAUAUCGAUUGAGAAAAAUUAUGCGUCUUCUUGUUCUUCCAGUGUCUUCUCACCACUUACGACUUGAACCAAAUUUAAAGCUUCAAAGUACUGUGUGAUUUCCAGCUAUUAGAGUCUGAAAUCCGGCAUUAUUUGCAGUCAUGAGUAGGGUUUCUCACAAAGAUCUCUAACAAAAAUCUUUGUUAUCUUUGAAUUUGUGUAUAUUUCUAUAACAGAGUAUUCCUUUGGCAAAACAUGGCAGAAAACAAGGUCGAAAAAACCAAGUGUGUAAGCGUGAGCCAGGUAGUUGCAGGGUGCUAAUGUUAGUAGCUUUGAUCCUAGCUGCAUUCAGAAGUCAUUUGCUACCAGAUUAAUUGGCGACUGCAGGGUCAUCCUUAAUGCAUCUAAUGAUCUUGAAACUUUUUCAAACUGUGCAAGGCUGCACACUAAUUACAACCAAACGACUGUGGAGUGGAGGGAAAAGUGAUGUGGCGUGAAUUGAUUUUUCGAGUGUAAUUAGUUGUCUAUACAUUGUUACAGUUGGAAGAGCAAAAAUGAGUCCCAUGACUUAUUGAGUGUUACAUAGAAAAGGGGAUAAGACCCUCUUGAGUGUUCAUAGCAAGUUUCAUUUAGCUGUGAUCUCGCCUGUCAAUCCUCAAGCCGUCAUAUGAUAAAUCCCAUAAUAAAAUAAUGCCACCCUUUCUGCUGUCACAGCCAUCAGCUUCCACAUGUGGAGAAUGACUCCCAGCUAAGUUCCAACAGCCUGACAUAACCCAGCUUUUCCAUUAGGGGUCCUCUCUGCAGGACGUUAGCAAGCAUGAAUAAUCUCCAGACUUCUUUCAGCCGUCACAAGCUUUUAGCCGUAUCAAUAAUUGAAACAGCUGCUAAGUUUUUCCUCUCUCAGGAGGAAGUAAACUUGUAUGCAGUCAUUUACUCAGACAGUUAUACCACAAGUCUCCCUCAGAACUAGUCUGGGUCUGAUGAUACCAGUCUAGUCUGUGACCCCUAAACAAAUCAGCCAAUGUCAUGCGGAAAAUACAAAGAUGGGUUUUAGUCCAGGGGAUGUCUCUACAGGAGAUGCAAUGUUUGCUUGUAAGCCACACCAACAACUACACCACACUUUACGAUGCAUUCACUUUUUACGCAGAUGACACGCCAUUUUACAAUCCAAGCCAAGACAUUCAAACGUGAGCUCGAUCAAACUGACCCAACUGCUUGGGACUGUACAGUACAUGAAGGUUAAUGAAGCGGCUUCAUGUCUCACAGUUUUGCCUUCUGUCUUUCUUUCCCACCCGACAGGGAGACUCACCUGGUCGCUGAUUCUCUCCCGAGUCCCUGCUGGCUCCAGCUUCUGGUCUUUAGUGUUUCCUGAAAAAAAAAAAGAGAUAAAAUGUGCAACAUAAGUAGUUCAGUUUUAUUUUAUGAUCAAUGUUGAGUCACAGACAUAUUCUUUAUUAAACUUUGAAACGUCGAGCUGCAUAUAGCCGUCCCAAGUGGGCGGUAAGAGGGUAAAUAUACAAUGACUAAGCCUGGAACAUAAAAAGAGAGCAGAUGUCUGGCAGUAUAUGCUUCAAAGUGACAGGAGUGUCUGUGAGAAUGGAGGCAUCUCUGAGGGGAAGGUACCGUGCGGUUGUUUAUAUAUUCCCUGCCUCUUCCUCUUUAUUUAUGAAUGCUUAAUGCACUCAAGAGGAUCAAACUAGGGUUGAUGGACUGUUAAGACAAAAAGCUAAAAACAGAAGAGAGACCUCCUUAGGUGCUUUUCAGGGGGUUUCAGAAACUAUAGGCAUCAUCCACUUUGUGUUUCGCAAAUAGCUCAGAGCUUUGUCAAAUAGUUUUUUUGUCCUUCUCCUCUUUUGAAUAUUACUUAUGAUAUCAAAAAGUGCUGAUUGCAAAUAAGGAGACAAGAGCAGAAGUUUUUGUCUUCCCCAAACUCUAAAUAAAUGGGCCACUGUUUUCCGUAGUAAAUGGAAUCAUUGCUCAAGGUAACAACCAGCAAAUGGAAUAUGCAAAGUGAAAUCCUGAAGAGGGCGGGAAUGGGACAGAAGGCGAGGAAGGCGGGAGACAGACAAAGACGGAUCGAGCUACUCUUAAAGUCUCAGACUAGCAGCGACUGCAUCGAGACAGAAGAAGUCAGUGAGUAAGGCAAACGCAAAAAGACAAUGAAAGCAGGGAAGAAAGAAAGACAUGAUUGUAGAGGAGGUCUUAAAAUCCGUCUGUCUACCUCUCCACCUUCCCCCUAGGUGAUCUUUACUCAGAACAGUACAUCUGGCUCAGCUGAUGUGUAGUCUGUAAAGCAAGAAGAGAGGGGGGGCAUCUGAGCGUAAAUGGAGCUUUGUGCCUGGCUUCCUGCCUGCCUUGCUGCUUGCUCAGCCAGGCCUGUAGAGAAAGGCCCCCUCUCCGCCCUUCCUGCUUCAUCUCUCCUUUUCAUCUCCCUCUUUACCCAUCCAUUUUAGCACUACCCCUAAGGGGCAUCCGACACUAACACUCACUCUCUGCUGCUUUCAUUCUCUUUCCUCCCACUCCCUUCGCUUAUGUUGUAAAUGGAGGAAUAUCACAGCUAAUCCGUCAUGUUUAUGAAUGACACGGGGCCUGGGGAGUGUUGGGGCGCCAAGCCAGAAGUGGCGUACAUCUCUGUUGCGUGCCCUCUGCUUGGCUGAUCCAAUCUGGCCUAGCAGCGAUGGCCAUAAAAAUUGUCUAUGGGGGGAUGGCAGGCUUGGGGGGAACAUUAGGCGGGGUCAUUUCAAAAGCAUAACUCCAGCCAUUUCCUGGCUCGACUCCUGAAGCCCCACCAUUUUCUAUCAAAUUUCACCCAAAGUCCAACCAAAACCGACAAAGUAAAUGCUCCUCCGUGGAGCUCCUUACACUUCCAGCAAAGGCUGGGGCAGACCUGCUGAGCGAUGGCCAGUAAAAUUGUCCGGUAAGGAUUGGAGGCUUAGGGGACGUUAGGCAGGGUUAAUUAAAAGCUGAACUCUGACCACUUCUUGGCUUGAAUCCUGGUGACAUUUUCCUCCAAGUACACCAAAAUUGGAAGUAAAACCAACAACUGCUUUUAAAUGGAGCUACCUAUACUUCCAAGACAGAGUGGGGGAAAAAUGACCCUUGGAAGGCUAAAGGGAACAGGAGGUUUGGUCAUUUUAAAUCAUGUUAUCCUAAAUCUAGCCUUUUUCACCAUAUCUUUGACUUAUGGACACAAUUACAACCACAGACAAAAUAUUCAUGUACACGAAGCUCUAAAUACUUCCAAUAUGAUGUAGUCCUUAAGAGGAAUUAGACACUUCAGAAUUAAUCUCCAAAUUAACUAGCAUAUAUGAUGAAACUUGAUAAAUAUUGGCUGUGAUAUAAGAACACUUUCAAGUGUUAAAAAGUAAAAUUUAUAAGAAAAGACACACUAUGACUCUGGUGAGCUGGCUUACAGUUUUACAAGUUCCCCAAUGUCAUUCAGUGUGAGUUACGGCUCGAAUUGUUCAACUGUGAAGGUUUUUCUCAAAGAAGAAAGGCCUGAUGAUUAAUAGAUUGACUCCAGAAUGGUUUCCUCAUAAUCUAAGACAUUAGGCAAGGGGGCUUUUAAUGACAAAUAAGCUGCAUUCAAUUAAUUAUACAAUCUCAAAGGGGAUUUAUGGAAGAAAUAAUCAGUGCAGGGCAAAGGGGGAGAGGAAGCUAUUUUUCACUGAGACAGAGCACCAUGAACUUCGGGUUAAGGGAGCUCUCAGCGCCUUCACCUUCCUCCUCCAUAUUUGGUCCCGACGUUCAUCAUCACAGGAGAUUUAAACCACACACCGGGUUGCAUUUCAUAAUCCGUCCCUAUUUUGCUCCUUACGGCAACAUGGAUGAAAUAAAAUUUAGCAGACACAAGAUGGUCUCUCGUUGUCUGCCCUCGGGUCCCGGCAAUUUUCUCAAAGAGACUGUAUUUGUACAGCAAAUUACCGAACUACCUUUUAGCGGUACCGGGCUUGAGAGGCGUAAUGCCACUUUGUGUUGGAGUGGGAAUGUUCCUCUUAAAACUCUAUUACAGAAAAUUGGAAUUAGCUGUUUGAGCCAACAGUGGCACAUUCAAAGUAAUAUUCAUUAGCGUUCUCUGUACCUGUAGAAUCAACUAAUGAACUCAAUGAAAGCAUAUUUUAGUCAGCCCAGCUAUGCUCUUACUGCUAAUUUCUUUUGCUGAGAGGUGGUUGGUUUUUCACUGAACAAAAAUGUAGUUUCGGAGGAACAUUUGCAAAAAUAUCUUACUGAAGCUUUGGUUUUCUGAAAGCGUGUGUGUGUGGGUAGCAGUCAUUUGAAUUUAACAGGUAAAUUACAGAAUAUGACAACCAUUUCUCCUGUUAUUUAUUUAUUUUUUUUAACCUAAAAUCAGCCACCAUUAUAUCUAUGAAAUUGCUCUGAAAUGUUUGACUCUUCUCCAUAAAAAGAGGCCCAAACACACUCAUAAGUAGAAGACAGAGCCCCUUUCUACAUUACCCACUUUUUUAUUAUGAAGAUUAAAACAUGCACUUGUGACUUCGGUGGGGAUAAAUGGGUCACAGACUCUCCAGCACUCUGCUAUGUACAACAGGAUUAGUUCUGACCUGCGAGUCCUGCACAGAUGCAUUUGUAAACCUAAACUGGAAAGCAGUCAUGCCUUGCCACUGAACAUUUUCUCAUCACUUCGUCUACGGCCUUGGAACAUAAAGCUGUGGCCCCAGGGCAUAAAAUCGGGACAUGCUCUCACAUUUGAGUUUCUAUGAAGUCUUUUCCAGUCCGGGCUAUGAUUAAGAAACCACAUUAAUCUAGAUACAUGCCAUGUUUUAAAACGGUUUGAAGGUUGACUCUGAGUUCAGUAACCCGAGAACCCUUAGAAACAACUCAGGAAGGUAAGUUCUGAGAUUGUUCCCCAACACACUCUCCUCUGUGCCUUAUUAGAUAGAAGUGCUGAGCAUUUUCAUUCCCAUUAUUGGAUUAGUUAAGCAUUACCUACCUUGUGCAGGUGCCAGGAGGCUUAUUUGAGAAAUCUGGCUCAAAAAAAAAGCUCUAAGGGAAAACCUAAUCUUGUUUAGACUGGACAGCAUUUGAGCCAAACAGCAGUGGGAUGUAUCAAUGAGAUAAAUACAGGCUUUGGAUUCUCUGAGGGCAUUUAGGGAAAAAUUUAGACAUUUUAAUUCACCAUUCCUUCUCUUUUUUUCCCCCCCCGUCAGUUAUGCACAUGGGCUUUUAUGCCUUGCAUACUUAUCUGACUUGUUGCUUUUGCAGUGAAUCGUUAUUCCUGCCACUCAUGGAUGAUACCCAAUGCCUUUUACGUGCAGGAGAAGAGAUUUAACAUGCAGUUUUACUAUUCUAAGUAUUUUACCUGAGGCGAUGCUGAAAACAAUGUCCAGGCACGUUUGCAAUUGAAAGGUCUUGUAUCUUAUUUAGGUCUUGGAGUAAAGCAACAACAUAGGCAGAAACUGGGUUUAAAAAAAUCAAGUGUUGACACUGUACAAGUUCACAAAGACACAUUUUGAUGGUUUUGCAAAAAAGAAGGGGUCAAAAAAGUUCUGCUGUACUCAAAAAAUGAGCCCUGGAAUAUCUUCAGACUUGUUGAGUUUAAGUUGAAAGUUGAAAACUAAUGAAGACUGGCUCUGAUCUUCAGACCCACUGAUUAAAAAACAGACAUGACUUUGCAUUGGAAAUCAUUGCGUGGGCUCAAGUUCACUUUCAGAAACCACUGUCUGUGAACACAGUCUGUGGCUGCGUCCUCAAAUGUGGGUGAAAACUGUUCCACAGAAAGUGAGAUCCAAAGACAAUCAUUUUACAGGAACUUCUGACUUCUACAAACUCAUUUAGGAUGGACUUAGACAUAGACACAGUGGAAAACUGAAUGAGUUCUGGUGUAGCGAAUGAAAAUUGGAAAUCAUGGAGGCUGUGUCCCUUGGGUUUAUUGAAGUGCACAGUUCAAACGCAAGCAUUUAUAAAGGUAAGGGGCUAAGAGAGGUGGCACCUGAGUGCAAGUCAGUACAUGUAAACCUCUCAAUAUAUUGCACUAAUGUAGAUGAAUGAUCAAAUAUCUGUAAUCAGAUAUCAAAACAACCAUAGUUCAAUGGUUAAAAUGAAUGUAAGGUCAAGUUUCAGCAGACAGAUUGAUGGAUGUAGUGUUGGGAGAAGCAACUUUGUUGAGUCCAAGCUUGCAGCAGUUAAACCAAGCUGCAGGUAGCUGAUAAAAGAAAAGGUAAAAGCUUAGAUUAAGAAACUGUCAAUCAUUUAGUCCUGGACUGUAAAAGUACACCCUUUUGUAAACUGUACUUUGUAGGUGGAGAGAGGAAAUGAACAACAAUGUGGGUGAAAAUGAUGAAACAUUAGAGAGAGGGAAAGAAGGGAAAAUAGAGCAGAUGCCGUCAUAGUAUUGGCACAAAAUGGAACUGCUGUCUGCCUUUGUUAAUCAAGAGCUCUUACGUUUGGUUGAGUAAUUUUGUUUGUGUGAAAACAAAAGCAUAAUUAACAGUUCCCUCUCCCAUGCCAAAGAAAAAAUAUAUAAUUGAAUACGUCAGUUGAACGGGAGCCGAACAGAACAUUUUGUCAAAGAGGAUUCAGGUCGCCUCUGAACAGAUGUAUUAACCAGGCAUGCAAGAGUGUUUCACGAAUCUGAAAACAAAUUUUAAUGGACAAUGUUUCACUGUUAAUGUGUUUUUAAUCAACAAUCUCAUUUUAACAAAAAAAAAAAAAAGAGUGCACAUCUACUUUGACAGACCCUCCAUUAGAUAUUUUGUGUGUUUUUUUCUUGAUGUUAACUGUGAUUCUUUAAGUCUUGUACCAUUAAAGUCCUUCCCUUUCAAUAACCUUUUACUAAAAAAACAAAAAAAAACUGACAAGUUUUAAUUAAAUUUAGGUCAGCUAAUGCGUUAGCGAGCCAUGAAACAUGCCAAAUUCUGAGUGCUGUCCUUGUUAACUUCAAGAGUGCUGUAUGAUUAACAUGAUUAGCACCCUAACCCUCCUAAAUUCGCCUAUCUCAGUUCGCACUUCUUUUGGAGUCUUGAGCGUGGAAAGAGCUUUAAUCAGUCUUCCUCAACUUUAAAUUAUAUGCUUUAGCAUGGUGGGGGAAAAUGGCUUGGGCUCAAGCUGCUGAGGAAAAAUAAUCACUGCUGUCACACUCUAUGGGUAAUGUUUUGUGGCUCAUCUUUUGUGUUGGCUCAAGUCUUAUCUGGGGAGUGGUAGUAGGGAUCAGAUUGAUUCCUUAAACUAGGCAAAAACAAUCUUUACACCAGAGGGAGAAAAAAAAAAAAGUGAGAGUGUCAUACUUGAGGAUGUCUGCCCCAUAUUCCCACAGUUCCAUAAUCCUCCAUCUUUCCAAGGCAGGAUUCCCAAACAACAAUACGUCUUGACACACACUAUUCUCCACCACCCUGCCACAGCAAGUGACCUGUGACAGCCUCUUUGAGGAGAUUGUAUCCACUCAGAUACGUUCAACAAAUGUAUCUUAUUAUAGCCAGCAGGGAUUUUCCCUGAAGAAUAACCUCAACCACAGGGUGAAAAGUCUUGUUCCGCUUGAGAAGAAAGGGGUUCGGAGCGAAUCCAAUCCAUGUGCAGCAACUAGGAACAAAAGCCAGAAUGUGACCGGAAAGGUUUAUGUUUUAGGUCUGCUGGAAACAAGGCUUAUUUUCUACAAAAAUACCUCAAACAUAGUGGGUAAUUCUGGAGCCUAAAGUGGAUUGAGUUGUUUAAGACAGAUCCAAAUCUCAAUAACUGGAUAACACUUAAAGGGAACAUUUAGUGUCUUUUCAGUUGUUAGAAAAGAGUGUGCAGCUUAUGGUGGCAUUGCUGAUCAUGUAACGUCAAUAAUCAACAUUUAUAAAACGUUGAAUCAACCUCAUUUAAGGCAAGAUAGAUUGAGAUCAUACUACAUUUUUUCCUUCCCUACAUUGACAGCCAUUUACCUUCAUCAUGAGAUUAAAGUCUUGCAAGCUGUGAUUAAUUCCCAGGUGUAUUUCUGUGUCUCCUAUCAGUCAGCAUUGGCCUUAUUUUAACUGUCAAUCUCUAAUGAAUUCCAGUACAUAGAUGUAACUGCAUUAGUCCUGUUUUAACCUAAUAACCACACCUUAUUGAAGAAAUAACAGAGCAAACAUGUAAACAGAAAGAGAGCAUGUUUGAGCGGCGCCUUAAUCUGUUUAGAAGACUCCAUUAGGCUGAUUAAAUUAGAGCCCAAACAGGGAGGACAUUACUAAGUUUGUCACUCAAACCAUUACACCACAGCAGGUGCGAAGUUUACGGUAAACAGAGUGUGACUGUGUGGAUAUUGGUAGCAGUGUGAAGACUUGUUUAUGCUGCACUCUCAGGCUAAAGUUUGGAAACUGAAACGGUUGCUGUUGUCAUACGAGGCAAAUGUGAUUUCCGUCGCUCGUAUUUUGUAUGAGUGAUCAAUAGAUAUAAUCUGCUAAUGGUUUGAGUUUAUGUCCAGUAGCCUUAUGUCUUCUGCAAAAAAUCUGCACACUGAGGUACUUUUGGAGCCAAUGUCCUUUUUAUACUCCUCCCAUACUUGGCAGCGCACACUCAUACGGCCUGAUAGCCUGGCAGUGGCUAAUGUGUGCAAAUUGUCAUUGGGAGUCUUUUUAUAUCAAGCACCAGUGCUCAGCACUUCUCGAGAAGGUGACUUCAGCAUUUCUCUGCCUUCCAUCUCAUUUAGUGUGUAGAUCCAUUGUUGAAUAUACAGUAUGGGUCUGUAAAGCAGAAAAUGCCCUUGUCUUAGCCUGUCCUUGAGAUUGCAGCUCUGGAAGGUAGUGAGGUAGAUUAAGGAAGCUGGGUAAAUCUGUAAAACCUCCUUUAUGCUUUAAUGCUUGAAAUUUAAGCAUUAUUCCAGCUUUGACUUUCAGUGUUUUUUCGAACAGGUGAGAUUUCUGUAACAUAUUUAGGUCUUACAGCUUAACCACUAGUGCACACAUCCUGAAAAGCAAACACAGUCCAGGGACACGACACUGCUGUUGUUCCCCUCAGACUACUUUCUGUAGCCACAAGUUGAAAGAACAACUCGACCAUUAGGGAUGGGGAAAAAAAGCGAGCUUGUUGUCUUUUUGUUAAUUAAUUAUCUCAAUUAAUUCUUUCAACGAGUUGUCAAUAAUCAAACUUCAGCCAGAACAUUCAACAAACUUGUCAAGGUUCAAUUAAAAAAAUGAUUAAUCACAUUAUCUUUUGGAGUCUCGGCCUCGGAAGGAAAAAAAAAACACUGCUGCAGCUCUGUUGUCGUGAGUUCUUAAUCACAGCACCAGUUCAAUUCCUCUUCUAUCAUGUGCUGCCACAUGCCUUUUUUGUGAAGUAAACAAACCUCAACUCAUGAAGAGGUAGAGAACAUCGAGGUUCUCCUUUUUUAGCAAUUGUGUGUCUUCGUCUAAAGUUCUGCGAGGGAACUUUUUAGAUACCUCAGAGUUGAUGUCAUGACUUUGCGGCCGUUUCCCUACGAGCACGAGUGCACAAAGCAGCUGUAAAAUACAUUUCUGGGCUAAGCAAGAAUGCAUUCAACAGGCCAGAAACCUUUGUAACAGAUCAUUAAUUUUAAAUGCACUGCCUGGAGUCAUAUCAGCUGCCUGCAAUAGGGCUAGCAUCAUGUAACACUCGCAUAAUAUAGGAGAGGAAAGAUGGGUUUGAGAAAGCGCCCUUUUGACCCUGCUGUGUUUUUAUUGUUUUUUCAGAAUUUAACCGAGCCAUGCUGUUGAGAACCAUUAGUGAAAACCAGGCAUAAGGAGUGGUUUUACUGUGUUUGCAUUUUAUAUGACCCUGAUUUCGAAAAGCAAUCAAUAUUUAUAACUCAAAAUAAAAGUUGUCACACAACCUCCUCUAUUUGCCUCGGAGCGGAAAAUACUGCAGCGAGAGGUCCGUCCUGACUUCUAAAGGGCUUCUUCUAAAUUAUGAUCUCUGAGCGCUUUGUUUUAGAAUACAUUGCAAUUUCACAGGAGUUGCUUUUUCAGUUCGCAUGGGUUGUCACAUCCAAUUACAAUAUUCAACACGCAUCUAUGCUCCUAGGCUCGCUUCUGGCAAUUGUGUUUGAUCAGGUAUACUUUUGACUCACUGUAGAAAUGACUAAUUGUGUGCUAGACCUUGAAAAAGCUUGAGGGAGCUCGGACAGGGGCUACCAUGUACAAUUAAUUCCUUUCCUCUUUCUCUCUGUCUUUUCCCGUUCAUGCCUUGGGAAGUGUAGUACCUCACACUGGACUGGUUUGACAUUGUUUGGAGAUGUGCUAUGACCAAACACAUUCUGCUCUGUAUUCAUUCAGUGAUUGCCUCCUUUGAAGUCACCUGAUUUAAAAUAUAGCGAUACAUUUUAUUUUUUAAUACCUAGGUCUUCUGAAAUGAAAAAAAAACAUGAUUGUUUGGUGAAAUAUCCCAUAUCCUGACCUUACUUCAAACCUAACUUGUUAAAUGCAAAGUCAAGUUUAAAAGAUAAACAAUCAAAUCAUCGCUAAAUGUUUUGAGCUGGAAUUAAUUCCGCUUCUCUUACUUAGUCUUGCCGUGACAUUAACUCUAACUAAAUAUAAGUCAGUGUGUGACUGCGGUGUGUCUGCUAAGUGGUUAUUGGAUUUAACAAGCAGCACAAUCUGGUGCAAACAACCAGCAAGCACAGUGCAAGACACCAACAAACUUUUAACAAGGGGUAAACCUGGAGCAUCUCUCAUUAUCUUAAUGGGUACUAAAAGCUGUAAAGAUAACAUACAUAUUGCACAAGACGUCAAGGACUUCCAGGGUUAAACCGCAUAUGGAUGCAUUGGCCAAGAUUUCCAGCAUGACAACAUAGCAGAGCACAACUGCCAAGAAAAUGACCUGGGUUGAAAGUAUGUAUUGAAUAUGGUUUGAGUUCAUUAACUCCGUCUUAAAAAAUACUGCAGGGGUAUUGGCCGUUAAGAAACAUGGAGCAAACACUACCUUUCCAUCACCGUCAAAAACACGUCAGUUCAGGCAGGGACACGGAGUUGCAAUGGGAAAGUUUUGCAGUUCAGUCUGGAGUCACUCAUUUGUAAUACAGCCUCUCUGAGAAGAUUUAUCCAUCGAGGUGUUUUCUCAUGCCAGAUACCCAAAAGCAUUGUUGGAAGGCGGCCAUGAUUGUCGUUUGGCUGUGCGCAGGCUAUGGCAUCUCAAAGCUGUUUCCAGACUGAUGUCUUCUCAUGAAAAUUUAAUGAAGAAAGCGUUUCCAAAAAGGUGCCGUUUACGAGAGCGACGGAAGACACUAAUUAGCAAUAUCACAGCGGGGAAAGGAAAACUUAAGGUGCACAUAAACCUCAUUGGCAUUCAGAAUAAGCAGGUCUUGUUUUGCAGAUUAACACUUAGCUAACACUGCAGACGCUUCUGCUUGUGUGCUUGGAAUAUUCCUCUCUGUACUCUCUCAAGAUCAUCUUUAGCUGCAAGCCAAAAAUACUUCCCUGUUCAGAGCGGUGAGCUUCAGACGGAGCUGCUCUAGGCUUUGACUUUCAUUGUUUUCCUAAAAAGAUCGUCUUGGAGUGAGAAGCAAAGUGAGUUAUCUCCUUCAACAUCUCAAACAGCGGCAAGAUGUAGCCUCCCCUUGUUCUGUCAAUUAGUUAAGACAAGGCAGGAUCAAGCAAACUCAUAAACGCAGCAGAAGCACCUGCCUUCAAAGGACUUCAAAGCGCCAUCUCACCCAGAUACAUGUGUAGACAGUUGAGCUGUUGUUUUCAUUUUCCUUUGAUAAAAAAAGUAUAAAUAUGUUUUAGAAAACAAGUAUGUUUGCUUUCUUGCUGAGAGCUACAGAUGUAGAAGAUCAAUCAGAAGAGGAAAAAGCUAGCUGGACAUAGCCUGUAGUUCUUGAAGCUGACUUGGAAGUGACUUAAACCUGCAUUCAAACUAACGGCCAGCAGGGGGAGACUUGAGGGGUCGCAACAAGAAUACUGCUAAUAUAACACCAGGUGAAAAUCACUCUUCAUUUAAGAUCAACGAAUACCUUUGUGAACAGGAUCCUAAGAAAGACAACAGAGAUCACCGCAAGCACCUGGUUUUCAAGAUAUCGCUUUAAAACAGUCUAAAGUACAAAUCUUAAUCAUGUCUUCGAGUCCUAACGCUAAGCUAGACUAAGCUCGACUUAGCUAAACAAGUCAUAGCACUGGUUUCACAAAUGAAAUGGAUAAAUCUGUGUUUGGUAUCAAUCUUUUCACCCAACUCUCGGCGAGACAGCAACUAAUUCUCUCACCUUAAAAACUAACCUGUUUACUGUUGUCUGUCACUCUAUGUUCAUUGUCCACUUCGUGUCCUUGUCAACACCAAAUAUGGGUUGGGGGAUUCAGUAGUAAAUGUACUAACUGCUUCAAUGAAAGUGAAUAAAAAUACACACUUGAUGCUUCACAUGUAGCUAAAGAUCUCUGUCUUUGCUUUACCCUUCACCUACUCUGUUGCUCUGUAGUCUUACAGCCUCACUUUCCUCUGGCUCUCCCUCCUCGUUGGCUUUGCACAGGCUUGGAGGAGGACCAGUGAUUUUCUGAAUCUGACCCCUCCCUACAAUGUCUCUAAUCUUCUUCCAGAGGACCAGCUGCCCUCUGGUUUCCCCACCAUAGACAUGGGCCCACAGUUAAAAGUGGUGGAGCGAACACGCACUGCCACCAUGCUCUGUGCCGCCAGUGGCAACCCUGACCCUGACAUCUCGUGGUUCAAAGACUUCCUCCCCGUCAACACCACCAACAACAAUGGACGCAUUAAACAGCUCAGAUCAGGUAGGUUUCCUCUGCUGAAAGCUUAAUUACCGCACAGGGAGUCUUCUUUCUAGUUAUCCUCUAUCUGAUCUGCUCCCCCUGUUCUGUUCUUUCAUCCUCUUCUUCCUCCCAUAAUUUAACUUCUCAUUUGGCUUUUCAUUUUGUAGGUAAUGGCAUUGUUUCUACUAUAUCCUGUCUACUACUCUCUGUACGCCCCGGUGUGUGUUGUCUGUAUGUUUGCCCCCUUUUCUGUCUUCCAGUGUUGUCUUGGACUGUUGGGAUUGUUGCCCCCUCUGUUUGCUGGCUUCUGCCCUAACUUCUGCCGUCAUUGCUCACUGCUGUGACUUUUUACAACGGAUUAUUUUGCUGUUUUCGUUGAUUUUCUUUCCCCACUGCAUUGGUGCAGUACUUAUUACUUUUCUUUUUCAAUCCAUUCUCUUCAUUUCUUAUUUAUUCUUUUAACAAUUAAUAUUCAACAUUCGGCUUCAUUCAGAAUCUGCUAAGGAGUGCACAUGAUUUUCAACGAAGAAAACAAGCAGAAAAGCAUAAAUUCAGAUUCUUCUUUCCAAAGAGGAAUUCUUAAUCCUCCUCUGGAUUAAAAAAAAAUAAAAAAAAAAUUGCUUUUUUUCUUUUAACAACUUUGUCGAAAUCAGAGAAAAACAUCUCAUUCUGUACAAUCAGCCACAGUAGUGUGUAAAACUCCCUAAGGCUUCUCCCUUACGCCUAAUUCUUUGGAUUUAAAGCCCCUGCUUUAAUGUGUUAACGCUAAUUUUGUUUUUAUUUGCCUGUAACGCUCCCUUAUAUCUCCAUUUACCUGAAUACUCCAACUUUGAUUUCAGUCCUUAAUAAAAUAGAUUAUUCUACGCCUAAAAUGUUACAGAGUCACAGCUUUGCCGAUUUAUGUGCUACCCAACGGCAACGCAUUCGCUAAACUACCUGUAAAUUUGAAGUCUUGUUUGUUUGACCACUUGUCUUCACGGAUUUCACAGCUGUCCUUUGUUAACCCGUCUUGUUAACCUUACUUGUUUUCAACAGAACUGUGUAAAACUAACCCCUAUUUCUAAUGUGCGACUUUGAUUCACGUAGUGAUUAAAGCUUUAACGAAACCUUGUCAACUAAACUUCCAUAAAGAAUAUAAUCGUAUUCUUAUGCUGUCUUUCUUCUCUCUAUAUUUUUAAAUUUUACAGAAUCCUUUGGUAAGUGCUUAGCUCUAAAGCACACAUCACCCCCCACUAAUUUUUCAUGUUUCCAACAACUAUUAAAAUGCAUGGCAUGCAUUUUACUAACAGAUAGCUUAGUCUCAGGGCUUCUACUAGAGGCACACACACUCUUCCCUCACCCUAAGGUGUACAAAGUGUCCUUCCACUGCCAGCUGUAGUAGCACCACCUUUAUCUUGAGAUUAUAACCACCAAACUGCAGCUUAGCUUUGUCAUAUACUGACCUGAGUAUUGACCUAUCCUCACAUGUUACUCACUCACUGACCCACCACUUACUCACUUAUUUAAUGUGUUAACACCAGCACAUUAGGGUAAGGAUAUGUCCAAGAAGUUUUAGGGAGGUGACCAGCUUAGGUGAAGUGAAAGGAUCUCAGGAUUUAUAAAAUAAAAGAUGUCUGCUCUUAAUCUCAAACACAAAGUCCUUCAAGUCUUUCCCCUCAGUAGAUGCUCUUCAGAAGCCAUUGCCACUUGCAAAAAUGGCACCUCCCCCGUGGUACACCAAUGUACAAGUUCUUCUCUCUGACCUAUGAUUUUUCUAUGAUGAAUCCUGUCUUUCUCUGCCAUUAGAGUAAAGAAAAGUUCUUAUUCUCUCUCUCUAUCUCCUUUCUCUUUCCUCUAGUACCUUUAUUUACGUACCCUGUUAAAUCUAAUUUGAUUCUUCUUCCAAAGCCCCCAGCCUCUAUCUACUCGUACUAAUGCUUCUUCUUUCUAAUCUUAUUUGCAUUCAUAUUAUCCACCCAGGUGGUACACCAAUAAGAGGUAAGAGUGCUGAACUGACGUUCACAGAAUGAAAAUAAUACAAAUUCAUUCUUGCUGUCAACCCAUCCAUUCACUUGAAUCACCUCCAUUUUUGUCCUGUUUACCAAGACCAAAUCCCAUUUCGUUCAUAUGGACCUUCCUUCUUAUUUGUCCUGUUCUGUUGACUAAAUUUGUAUUCCAUCUUUUUGUCUCCGCUUUAUUUACUCCUUUGUAUUCUGGUUUCAAGAGCCUGUUUAGCUCAGUUGUGAUAUGCUUGCCCUGGCUCAAAUAAGCAUAUCCAAUGACAAUUAUUUUUUUAAACUCUAUUUUUUCCGUUCAUUUUUGUUUUCUUUUUGGCCAUAGCGAACCAUGUGUCCCUCUUUUUGUCCAACUAAAACAACCAAGCAUUUUUCCCCCUUAGCUGUUCUUGUUCAGCACUAAAAAUAUGCACAGAUGCUGUGGAAUCACGCAGGCAUGCUGAAGACAACAUUGCCUCUCCUCUGCUUUUUUCUCCCAAAGAAUUCUUUCUAUCUUUGCAAACUACUUUUUUUUCAUUUCUUCUAUUUGCUUUCCUCUCCUGUACCUCUACAAAAAAGCCCAAACAACCACUUUUUUGAUAAAGUUUCUACGGUGCUUUUUUUCUCUUUCACCUAUUUUUCUUACUUUUCUUGGGUUUGGAGACUAUUUUACUUUUUGACUUUUUUUCUUCAGGGUUUGUGAAAGGCAAACAGUAGAGUCUGGCGAGGACCUGAUUGGCUCAUUUUUGCCGUGUGACGGGAAGCUGGAGAGUUGUUGAUGCAUAAAGCCAUUUUUCCCUUGGUCAUGAGACACCACACUGCUGAUCCCAUUGGUGGAUUUUUAUGGGUGUCUUUUGUAGCUUUCACAAGCUAAAGCAGUGGUUGGUUGCUUUCUUGUCGGCUCAAGCCGAUAUUUUGAAUUUUGUCUUCUAAUACAAAUGCAUUUUAUUUUUCAGCUAAGGGUUGUCAGAAGGUUGUAAGUUGUGCCGACAUACAUUUCUUGCCAAGAUUUGCAUGUCAAAUACUUUUGUUACAGAGGGUUAUAUGUUGGUCUUACCUUACACAGUACUCUGAUUAACUUUUUUUCCGAUUAAAUGAGCAGCAUUUUUCAAUUUUUUUGUGCCAGCUGCAUUUUUUGAAAGUGACUUCACGUCAAAGAAGUCCCAAAUUAUUGGGUUAGGUAAAACUUCCUCUCGAUUUGUGAUUGAAUAUGCUAAAAUUCAUACCUAAAUUUCUUUCUUUCAAUUGUCUUCCCUUGUUAUGCUGCUUUCUUAUACUGUAAACCUCUUUUUGUUUGAUCCAUGUUUUCCUGAAGCAGUAUCACUCAUCCCCAUAUUGACCAGUCCAGUGACAUGUUGUAUAUCGAGGGCUCGCCCCUUUUCUUUAGAUUCAAAUUGAAGGGUUAUUUUUUUUUUUUACAUUGGCACUAGGAUGAGUGUCUUUCGAGACCCUAUAGAAUAAAAAAGUUACCAAUAUUUUUUUCUAAGAAGAAAUUUGUUACAAACUAAAGAAGACUUAGAUGUUUUUCUUUACUUUUGGUUCAUUUGACAGUCUUUUCUUUUCCAUUUUCUUUGUCGUUACUUUAGACCUGUUACUUAGGAUGAACAAUAUAUUUGUGUCGCUGUGUCUUGCAUGAUUACCAUUUGCAGCUAUCCCUCACCUUUAGUACGAUAACAGUCGAAAUUUAGCCUCAACAAGUGGCUGAGGCUUGGAUAAAGAUGGGGGAUAAACGUAUAAAGUUUGAGGGACAUGCUUAGAUUGCAACUUUUAUCAAACUGUCAAACCUCUGAAACAUAAAAAGCUAAACUAGAGCUAAAGAUGGUUUAUUCGGCCUCCUCGGGGCCAACAGAGUCCUUUUCUUUUGAUUCUGUCUUGCAAACUUCAAUUCAUCCAAAUGUUAACCAAGCACACGCCGCUACCCCGUUUGCUAUUCCCAACCAGGAGCCCUCCAGAUAGAGCAGAGCGAAGAGUCGGACCAGGGGAAGUAUGAAUGCGUGGCGACCAACAACGAUGGAACCCGCUACUCUGCUCCUGCAAAUCUAUACGUCAGAGGUAGGAAAGGCUGAAGAACAACACAUGCAUGCUUGAUCCAAAAAUAUGAAUUACCACUUAAAAUUCAUGAGAAAUCUUUAAAUCAGCCAGUACAGUCUGGGGAGAAAACCCUUUAGGCGACUGUAAGUAUGGUUUGUUUUGGAUUUGAUUUUGCACUGGACUUACCUGCACUGAUCUAAACCUACAGUAGCUGCUCCGUUAUGCAUAUCUAAUCCUUCCUGUUGUUUAUCCCGAGUUAAUGACUAGUUUGCUUGCUUUUAUUAGCUACUAAUUGUCGUUGAAACCCAACAUUUGGAUGUAGUAUCAGUCCUGAUUCUUUCCCCAACAAAGAACAGAUCCUUCAGACCUUUUUCUUCUCCCAACUGGUCAACAUUAGAAGGACAGAUUUGGUCUCAUACUUGGAUUGAUACAGAAAAAUAAAAAAUCAAGAGUUAAAUUUGGCAAAAUAAUUGGCUUUAAAAAAGUAUCACCAGUAUCUUCAAAUCCGGUCACACUAAAAACAUGUUUUUUUAUAUAUAUAUUCACAGAGAAAGUAAAAUAAAUGUGCAGUAAUAUAAACAGUAUUAUGUCAGAGCAUCUAACUUGUUUUUGCACUCAGCAGUGAAGACUUCCUUAUCUUAAUCUGACUGUAUUAUCAGGCCUCAUCUUUACAUAAGUGGAUAUGUGCAAAGUGAGCUAUAGUCUAAAAUCAAUGGGUUAAAGUACAGAUUUUAAGAUGUGUUUUAUAACCUUUUUGUAAUGUGUUAUCUAAUGAAAUACAGUUUUAAUGUAGAUUAUCCAUCUUAAACAAACUAUUUAGAUUUAUAUUAAUGUUUUAUUGAUGUCAGGGAGAUUCAAGGGGCUCCCUGCACUUUGAGACAGAAGGUCCUUCGAAUUGUUUAAGUCACAUUUGCACACCUAAAACAUGGCCUUUUUACUCUCUGUGUUUCCCUUGUUUUUCUCCUUUCCCUGUUUUACUUUAUUCUGCAUCAAUUUCCCUACAUCCCUCAGAGCUGCGAGAAGGUUGGUGGGUUUUAACUUUUUGAACACAACACAAUACAGAAGUCUGUUUAUUUUUGACACAAGUUUUUCUCAAGUUUUUUCUCUUUUUACUUCGACUGGUUUUAUUUUGAUCUCUGUGCCACAUUAAAUGUUCAUGUUUCCAUUAAGAAUGCCCCUGGUUGUUGUCAGAUUGCUUGGUCGUCCAACAGGUGGUGCAUGUUUGCAUCUUUGAGGUGGGGUGGUUGGGGAGCAAUAUUUACAUCAGACCAAAGGUUCAUUUGCAUGGUCAACUCCUUAUCUUUUUCAUUGCCUUUCCUAUGUCCCAAACCUAAACCUGUCAGUGUUACUGCUCAGUUUCUCGAAUGGUAAAGUAUUCAAAUGUGAUCCUGACAUUUAAAGAAAGGGUAAAAUGUUAUUUAUAACGUGACAAACUUCACAAGAAGACAAACCGACCUCAGUUUCUGCAGUUCCCUUGUUAAUAGCUGCUGUUCUACAUAGGCUCUUUACUUCACUGUAUGAGCUCUGAAGCUCUCUCUCUCUCUCUGUCUCUCUCUGCACAGCAGUUUAAGCAUCACUACACUCAAAUUUUCCCUGUGGUGCUCCCUCCGAUUCAAGUUUCUCAGAGAUAAAAAUAUGUUAAAGCAAAAUCCAUCCUUUGUUGUAAUUGGCACUAAAGUCAAAGCACAAAGCUGUAAAAACAGCCUCGCCCUCGGAGAUUAUAUACUUCCUCUGACGCGGAUCUUUCUGCACAGGAAGUCAUGAAAGAGUGAUGUAUUUAGAGCGUUAUCCACAAGACUUGACAAAUGUAAUGAUAUUCAAAUGAGAAGGAUAAUAUUAUGUCUGUGGGGAGCGUGAUCCAAUUGGAUAUUAAUUAAAUAUUGAGUGAGAGAAACGUUGUAUUUAAUAAUGCAAGCAGUUCCCCUGGUUUGCCUCUCUGGAGGGCUGCAGUCUGCUCGACAGAAUGGGCUGUAUGAAUCAGGAGCAGGCAGCAGGAAGCGCCUGCCUGUGUCCCUGUCAAACAUCUACCUGAAAAAAGAGCUCGCUUACAGUCAGAGGAACAAUAAACAAGAAUAAACAUUAAUAUUCAAACACUGAGAAGCUGCAUAUUCCAGAUUAACGUGACCUGUAAAGCAGUAACACUGACUUUAUUUUUAAUUUUAUACCAAAAAUGCUCUUUUAGAUUUAUCUAAUUACCUAACCCCUGCUUUUGUACUAGACUUUUACCAGAAAUUUUAUGUAUCUAAUAAUAUUUAACUUAAUUUUCUUUUUGUUAACUCCCUGCCAAUCCUCAGUGAUUCCUUGACCUCCCAGAGUCUUUCAUUUCUGCGUACUCCAUUAACUUUCUUUUACACUGUAUUCUCCCGCUGACCCAGAACCUAUUGGCAAAAACACAAAGUUGUUUUUUCCUCAUAUGCAUGGCAGAUUCAAGCUCCCAUCUAAAGGCUCUCAAAGCUUUUGAUGUCAUUAUGAAUGUAAUCAGUUUAGUUUCACUCAAAAGUGAAACUUUAACUUUGAAAUUGUGUCUUUUGUUUAGUAGAAAAGUGAUAUUUUGGGGGGUAAUUUGUAUCAACUAGAGCUGUCAAGUGAUAUGAAUAUGAUCAGUAUGAAUCAUUCAAAAUAAAACCUCAGCACUAGUUUAAGUGAUCGAGUAGUCAGAAACAAAAUUGCUCCAAAAGCAGCUUUUAAAUUUUGGUGGACUUGUUCCUCUCUCACACAAUUGUCUUGUCAAAUAGAUGUGCCAAUUAUUUCCUUCAGUUUUAAGCACCAAGGACAAAAUAAUGUGUAACAUCCAAAUACAAGAAAGCUACUCACUGCCUGUUGCAACUCAUUCCAAACAGUUUAAUUUGGCAGAGGUACCACCGUUGGAAAGGCAUGCAGGAGUUAGUCAUCACCAUAUGAGCACACUUUUCUCGCUACCCAGGGGCCAAAGGAUGGGACAGGGAAACAUGUUGAUCCAAAGUAUGAAUGCGUAUCACUUGACAGCCCUAGUUUUGACUUUUGACUGAGCCUGAAGAGCAAAGCAGAAAAAUCAUCGUCCCUAAUUUGCCAAGACUUUUUUUUCUGUUUGUGUGAUGUGAUAAUGUGACGCGGCACAUUGUUUCACAUCUGCUGGAAGUACACAGCCUAAAAGUUGUGUCUUUGAUACAACUGAGGAGUGCUGUCAGCUGUCCAGCACUUUUGUACAUCUGUACCAAAGUAUUUUGUGCAUGUGUCUCAUGCUGCUGUUAAUUCAUCCACCAUUUAAGUUUUUAAGUCUUUUAUUAAAUAUGUAAAAUGUGGUUUUUUAAACAGGUUUCAUUUUAAUGCACAAAUUAAACCUGCAAAACUUUAUUUCUUAUCAGCUAAUUUUCAACUUAUUUAGCCACUUUUUGUUUUGGCAACACUUUGUCGUCUUUCUGAAACAGAUCUUCAGUUGUUUCUCUGUUUGCCUGGUUUUCAUACCAUGUUUUGUCUUUUUUCAGUGCGGCGGGUGCCCCCACGAUUCUCCAUUCCACCCACAGACAAUGAGAUCAUGCCGGGCGGCAGUGUCAAUAUCACAUGCGUGGCAGUGGGCUCGCCCAUGCCAUAUGUCAAGUGGAUGCUGGGCGCCGAGGACCUUACGCCAGAGGACGACAUGCCCAUCGGACGGAACGUGCUGGAGCUUACAGACGUGAGGCAGUCGGCCAACUACACCUGCGUGGCCAUGUCCACCCUGGGGGUGAUCGAGGCUGUGGCACAGAUAACAGUGAAAGGUAGAACUGCUUUUUAUUUAUUAAAAAUUGCAAAAACAUCAGGCUAGAAUUGAACUCACAGCAGCAAGUGUGGACAAAUCUCCAAAGCUCUGAACAUAUUCUUGAAUUUUUAUGGAGGAAAAAAAAAAGUGCAACUAGAGACUGGUGGAAGUCUAGUACCCAAGCAGAGACAACUGCUGGUGCUUUAAAGAAAAGUUAUUUGCCUCGAUAAAUCUUCUGCGGAGUAUUCCUUAAAGCUUUAGACAAGCCCUGGCACCAGCCUCAGUGCAUUAGAUGCCAGAUUGAGAAUAUAGUGAAGUGCUUAUCUCUCAGCUGGAGUGCUACAAAGCCACGAGCUCACCAUCUCCGCUAGCAAGAGGUAGAGAGGAGGAGGGGGUGUGAAACGUUGUGAGUAUUGUUUGGUGUCCUCUGUAGGCAUGGUACUUAUCUGAGUGUAAUCAUAUCUACACUGCAGCGUACCAGAGAGAUAUCCCAGAUUGGUGUCGCCGUGUUCACGUGCACACAAGGGACACACUGACGUACACACACAAAGACACACACACACACACACACGUAGACCUUCAGCUUUGUUUUUCCUAGACAUAACAGAGAUAUUAGUCACAAUAUAGCAGUCUGGCAGUGGGCUACCCCAGAAGCAUACUUCAGAUGGCAUAUAAAGACAAUAUAUUGCCCUAAAAAUCUUUUGCCAUGUGCCACAGUGCAGGGAAUUAAAGCAAUAAAUUUACCUGUUAAAUUAUUAAAGUGAUAAACACAGGGAGAUCGGAGAUUAACGACAACGGCACACUCAGCUGCCGAACGGGGGGCGUGCGGGGCUUUAAUCUCACGCAUUAAUUCAUAGAAAACUUUCUUGUUUUUACGAUUGUAAACUUGAAAAGUGGAAUAACAUUAGGACUAUACACCCACCUUACAAAGCACCCUUGUGACUUAAGAUUUACCGGGUAUCAUCAGUAUCAAGUGCAAUGAGCUGGCAAAUUAAUGUGAUCAAUAUAAUUCAACCAUUUGCAAAUUAAAAUCAAGCCUCUAAGGCCUGAAAUAUUAAAUAAAUGACUCUACAGAGGCUAGGCUUUUUAAUGUUUGCUCUAUUCUGCAUGUUGUAUAAAUAUAUUUAUGUAAUAUUUGUUCUUGCAGCAUUGCCUAAAGCUCCUGGUGUUCCUGUGGUGACUGAGCGAACAGCCACUAGUAUUACACUGACUUGGGACUCUGGAAACCCUGAACCAGUAUCUUACUACAUUAUCCAACACAAAUCCAAGUACUCGGAGGACUCGUACAAGGAGAUAGACGGCGUGGCAACCACUCGGUACAGCGUGGGAGGCCUCAGCCCAUACUCGGACUAUGAAUUUCGCGUAGUGGCGGUGAACAACAUUGGGCGAGGGCCACCAAGCGAGAGCAUCGAGGCCAAGACAGCAGAGCAGGCCCCCAGCACGGCCCCCAGGCAGGUCAGGGGUCACAUGCUGAGCACCACUACAGCUGUCAUACACUGGGACGAGCCAGAGGAAGCCAAUGGGCAAAUCAUGGGCUACAGAGUGUACUAUACAAUGGACUCCACCCAGCAUGUCAACCUCUGGGAGAAGCAGAUUGUUCGGGGGUCCAACUUUGUCACCAUUCAAGGCCUCAUCCCCAAUAAGACCUAUUACAUCAAGGUUCUGGCCUACACAUCAGUCGGUGACGGACCACUUUCUCCCGACCUUCAGAUCAUCGCCAAGACAGGAGGUGAGCUCAGCUCGGAGAAUUUGUAGUGAAUAAAUCAUAAGUUUAAUAAAUAUCCACACUCAGCAGUUGGAUUUGGAUUUGGAGUGUCACGAAAUCUUCUGAAGCCAUAUUUGUUGUUACCCAUCCUCAUUAGUGGAUUAAACAAAGCUGCAAAAACACAAAUAUCUCUGGGCUGCCAACAAAAAAAGUUCAAUUGACUUUCGAAUGCAAGAAGUAAAUUAAUUUGGAAGAAAGUUAACAACAACAAACAAAAAAGUUUGAGUAAGGCUUCAGCCCAAGCGAGGAGGGUGACUUUUACCUCCAUGAGGUGUCCGUGCAUAUAUGACUGUAAUGAUAGUGGAUAUUAAAAAAUAGUGCAUGAUAAAAUUGAGUGAUGAAUUUGUGUCUUUACUCCAUUUACAGUUCCCUCUCAACCAACUGACUUCAAAGGAGAAGCCAAAUCAGAAACGAGUAUUUUGCUGUCAUGGAUCGCUCCGGCACAGACUGGACAGGAAAAUCAAAUCACAGGAUAUGAACUGAUGUACAGGAAGAGGGACGAAAAAGAGGAGGUAAUUAUUUCCUGGCCUGAGCUCUCGUAGCAAUACAUCAGAUCGAUCUACAAUAAAACCUAAAUACUCAUAAUCACACUGCUCCCAUUUGUCAAGAUGUAUCAGUUUGAUUUUAUGUGAUGAAUUUAUGUAUUUAUUGAAUUAUUUUCUGCUAUAUUACCCAUAUUAUCCCUUCUGAUUAAUUAUGAACAAACUAUGCCACUAAUUAUCCAGUAAAACGUGUUCUUAUGCAACUAGAUCUAUAAGAUUAGAUUGUUCUAUCCCAGCUGUAAUUACAUACACAGUAUAGAUAUCUAAUAUACGAGUAUUUAUAUGAGGCAGAAAAAUGGAGUAAAUACAAAAAGGUUAUCUUAUGUUCAUCUUACUCCUACUCAGCAUACGAAAUUUUAAAAAGUUGUUUUCUUUUUCUCUCGGGCAAAAACCCAACUCACAUUAUAUUUUACAAAGCUGCAUCAUGAUGUUGUAAUUGAGACCCACAAAUCUUGUGUACGUCAUACAAAAACAGAUUUUCUGCUGAAGUUUGCUGGAGUAAAGUAUCUAAUUUUAAACUGAAACCAGCCAGUCUUGAAACAGAUGAAUAGGUGCUGUCCAGACAAAACUGCAAAAUGAAAAAGGAAGGUCUUUGCUGGGAUUUUUUGAGGUUGAAAAGAUGACAUCUGUUUCCUGAAGCAUAGUUUCAUGUUAGACCAAUUCACCCGUAUGAUGAAAUAGUCAGUUUCCCUUUGGUAUGGUGCUCUCAAGGUUGUUGCUAUCAUCAUCUUUUCUAAACGUCAACAUGUUUUUUCAGAUCCUAAAUGGCAGUAUCUUUAAUUUAAAACACUUCCUAGCUGGUGUUUACUCCAAAUUAUACUGUGAUGUGCAGAUUGAUGCUGUUUAAUAUUGCGCCUGACAUAAAUACCAGUGAAUAUCAUCUGAAAUCUAUAUCAUAACACACUACAUUUUUCUAUUGCAGAAAUGUUUUUUUAAAAAUCCAUCUAAACAGGUUCAUUCUACAUUCAUUUGAGAGACUGUUCACUCAAGUUCAGCAGCUUUGUUUCGUAUUAAUUAGGAAUAUUAAACUUUUGUAUAUAAUCAAAUGCAAAAAUCAUCCCUUCUGGAGUUGUUCCACGUAUUUAAACAUUUUGAAUCAUGCUGCUGAAAGUCUCUUUUGCUUCUCUAGGUCAUACACAGGCAUCACUAGAAAAUAAAACCUCUUUCACGAUCAGUUAAAAACUCCUUACAGGAGCUUUAAAAUUUUGCUCCACUCAUUUAUGACUUUCUGAAACUCUCCUUGCAGAGACGUAUCAGCUUUGAGCCGACGACGACAUACCUGCUGAAGGAGUUGAAGCCCUUCACCACUUACACUUUCCGUCUGGCUGCCCGUAGUAAACAUGGAGUCGGGGCUUACACCAAUGAGAUCUCUGCAGAGACUCCUCAGACACGUAGGUCUUCUUCCUUAUCCGACAGAGUUUGAACUCCUUUUGGUAGGAACACAUUUUCAAAUGCAUUCAAAAUGUAAGAUGUUGCUGAGAAAUCCAUGUCAGGGCAAAAUUGUCCAGAAGGUCCUGACUACAGAUAAAGAGAAGAUGACUUUUUUUUCUCUUCCAUGCAUUUGAAAAGUUGUAAACAUCUUAUAAAGCGUAAAUAAGUGUUGCCAAGUCUACCUGCCCAUGCAGUUUAUUUUCUUUAAAAAGGCUGCAUGGCCAGAGUACACAGGCUGUCCUGUGAAGUCAAGAGACAAGGUUACACACCUUUGUUGUGCAAAAACAGUCAAGACCAAAAUGAAUGAAUGAUAAAAUCUUGAAUUAUUGAUAUCAGUGCCCACAUCUUUGAUACUGCACCGUUUCUCUAUGAGCAAAGGGCAUUUUAGGAUGCCUCGUCUCUUGACAUUGCAUGUCAGCCAAAAAAAAAAAAAGAGAAUAGCAGAUUUUAGAGACUGAGCUUUCUAUGUCGAGACACUACCAAGAACUAACUCUCUGAACUUCAAAGGGAUUUCCCCUUUUUGUCAUUGACAUUCAGACUCAAAUUAAAUCAGAAUCAAUAAAGUUAUGAUGAAACCACAUCAUAGAAAGCUCAAAGCAAGUACUGUCUCCAAAGUUAGGAACUUAUCAACUCAGAAGACCUCGGAUUUAUGAAAGAAGUCUCGAUUGAUUAAUUGGAUUCUGUUCAUUAGGACGUUAAAUGAAAUCAGGCGCGGUUUAACCGGCUAAAGCACAAGUUUGUUUGAAGGCACGUCUUAACUAAAUCUGAGGUCUCUAAAAGACCAGGGCACAGAUCAGGUGGGUAAAGAAAACAGAGUAUUAUGUAUGUGCUGAGGUUAAUGACAAAGUGCAUGCCAAUGUUAUCAGACUUGAAUAAAUCAGUCAUGUCUCCUUGGGAAGUUCUCUGUUGUACAAUCAGGCUUUUACCACAAACCAACAGGCUUCGGAAAGGUUGGUGACCAAUACAACAUUUUUCUAUUUUGAACUAGUUGAAGCAUCAACCUUUAUGUUUUUGGAUUGAUGGUAACUGCUUGCCAAACUUAUGGAGUUGAUUUGUACAUUUAUUUUGGAAUGGUUUAUCUUGAAUUAUUUCUGAACUUCUUUGAAAUAGUUUGAGGUUUUUGUUGUAGAGUUUAAGGUUUCUAAGUAACAGUUUAUAUUAUAGGAUAUAUGAUUUUUGUUUCCCUUUGUUUUUAUAAUUUUUUUUUUUCAUGGCAAAGGUAGGUUACAGAUGUUCAAGCUGUCCUUUAUCCCAAUCAACACCGUCCAUUCAUCAUCAGUGUGUACACUUUUUAGUUGGUCUUCUCCUUUUGCUUUGUCUUUAUUUGUGAAGUUUCAUUUAUUCAUUAUACUUUUUCAUUUAUCCAUUUAAGUCCUUGUGCUUUAUCCUCAUUUUGUGUAUUUUUAUUUCCCUUUUUUUUUUCCUUUGUUUGGUCAAUUCUACCAUCAUCACCCUGAACGAACCAAAAACUGAAACUCCUUUAAAACAAAUAAUCCAACUCAAUGAAUGGCCUGACCAAACAAAAAAACCCUGCACCUACACCUGCACCAAAAUCCAACCCACCAACCAGAACCCUCGGGCCCACCUCAGGAAGUCAAGUGCGAUAGCCCCAGCUCCACCACCAUCCUGGUAAGUUGGAGGCCGCCCCAGAUGGAAUUACAAAACGGGAUCAUAACGCAAUACACCAUCCAGUAUGCCGCGACCGAAGGGGAGGACACUACAACUCGUCAGAUCCCUGGCAUUCCUCCGGAAAGCUCCCAGUACCUUUUGGAAAACUUGGAAAAAUGGACAGAGUACAGCGUGACAGUCACUGCUCAUACAGAUGUCGGAGCAGGACCGGAAAGCCUCCCACAGCUCAUCCGCACAGAGGAGGAUGGUAUGUGUUCGCAAAAACAAAGCCCCAGCUGCAAAAUCAGUCUACCUCUCUUAAACCUACCCCGACAAAUACUAACAACCUCGCUUAUAUCUACAAAUCCUUCCACUUCUCUACCCCUCUGCCUGCCUCUAACAUGACUGUCACCACUUGCUACUUUUGAUCCCUAUUUUUGGACUUUUUUGCCUCAACAAACUGACUCACUUUUUUUGUUUUUACCCUACGCUGCUCAAUUUCAACACAUGGUAUGGCUUUUUUUUUUAAUUUGCAGGCCUCAACUUCCAGUCCCAACUGUCUUUUUUUGAUCAUUUUUGAAAUGAUAUUCUGCAAACUUUUUGAAAGGCAGCAAUUUUUUUGGGAACUUGACAAAGAACAAGUUCUGGACAGUGGGAAUACAAAAAGGUGGAAGAUUUUUUUCUUUUUUCUGAAGGCCAUUUUUUUUAUAUUUUCCCCUCAUGUGGUAGAACCAUUUUUUGCUCAUUUUUCCUAACUCCAUAGCCAAAAUUCUUGAUGUGCUUCAAGCGUUUGUAAAACUUGAAGCCCCCCUUUGGCUCCACUUUUCUAUUUUGACAAAACACAUUUUUAUUCCAUGUUUUAUAAAAAUCCACUCGACCCAUUUUUAAUGUUUCAAGAUUAGGUCAGCUGUCAGACCUGUUUUUGCUGUUGUUUUUUCCCCCCUUACCAUUGUUGAAAUAUUGAUGUCAUGCAGUGGUUGUCGCAGUUUCGCUGCACUUUUGUGAUUUUUUUUGUCACUGCAGCAUUUUGCGCUACAGCUUUUGGGCAAGAUUAAGAAAAAAAACAAGCAGAUGAAGGGGUUCUCUAUAAUUUGACCUUUUUUCUUCUAUCCCAUGGUGUUCCUCCAGUUCCUAGCGGGCCACCUCGUAAAGUUGAGGUGGAGGCUGUCAACUCCUCAUCAAUUAAAGUGAUCUGGCGUUCACCGAUGCCAACCAAGCAGCACGGUCAGAUUCGAGGGUACCAGGUGCACUAUGUCAGGAUGGUUAAUGGGGAGCCCACAGGACAGCCAGUCAUCAAGGACAUACUGAUUGAUGAUGCCCAGGUACGACUACUCAGCCAGACACUUCCUCUCGCAGACAUUUGGUAUUGCUUUCUCUGUCAAACUUUGAAAUGCCUCACAGCAAAGUCUUUUACUUGAAGAGGAAAAAACUAUACAACAGAUUAUAUCAGUAUUUCUACUGAAUGGGAUUGUAGGACAUUUUUUGAAGAGAGAUUGCUACCUUUACUUUGAUUUGUUUGCUUAAUUUAAUGGUAGCAGACAGACUGUGUGGUUGAUCAGUACCGGUUACCUGUCCUUAUUUGUUCUCUCUUCUCUCUCCAUAUUCUUAUAUCAUAAUCAGUGGGAAUAUGAUGAUUCAACUGAUCAUGUGAGUAGUUUAAUGUGUCAAAAAUGCCAAUCUUGCUUUUCCCUGCUCUCAUCCUCUGCAUGAAUGGCAUGUGGCUUUUGUGCAUUAAAGGAGUUCAACAGAAGAUAUUUAUUUACCAUUAAAAGUGCAGAUUAAAAGCUUUGCUAAUACUUUUGUUUAAAUGUUGUAUUUCACCUUUAAAGUCUCAGAGUCUUUGCUGGCAGAUCUACUUUGCUCAGCACAAAAGAAACUCUGUAUUUCAAGAUAUUUAUUUGCCAAGGCUUCUUAACACAUUCCUUUUUAACCAUUUAGCAUGCCUCAUCUUCAAGUAUUCACAGAGAGAAUGUGUUUGCCCUGCGUGAUGAUUAUGUAGCCUCCGCAUCCCACUUUCAUCCCUUUACUUGCUUCAAACUGCAUAUCAGCUGGCGAGUGUCCUCCAGCUAAAGCUCUGCAUCUUUACAGGAAAUGAUCAUCACAGAGCUGCAGGCUGAGACCACGUAUUCAGUCACCGUGGCAGCCUACACCACAAAAGGCGACGGGGCACGCAGCAAGCCCAAGCUGAUCACCACCACUGGUGCAGGUAACCAUCACUGACCACAAACACAGAAGCUACUGUCUGCAGCAUUUAGUGUUCGUAUUUUUUGAUCAGGUAAACAUAACCUGUGGACGAUACGUUGUAUUCAGUACCUGCAAAACUUGCUUUAAAUCAAGGAGGUGCUCUAGCUCCACAUUUAAGAAGUUAGUAAGGCAGGGAAGUCAGGAUGGUGAGUGAUUAUAUUGUGGUCAUAUAUGAGCCGCUUACAUCGUAAAACACAGUGCUGACAAUCUCAAAAGUUUGGAUACAUAAACACCAACAUCAGUGUUUGAGUAAGCCUACUGUCUGCAUCAGAUCUCAGACCGUUUUCUCAGUAAAAGGGCCAAGCUAGUCCCUUGCAGGUAAUACACUCUCUAUUGACAGGAGCCUCAGUACAGGCCCACUUCAAAAAACAAACUAUCCCUUUAAACAUAAAACUGCAUUUCUGCCCUGCAAAGCUUUGAAACUACAGUCAAUACGAGGGGAGGAGGGGGGAGCACUAGGCAAGCUUUCAUGUCAGUGAGCAUUUAAAGUGUGAAUGCAGCUAAUUGCUGUCUCAUUUAGUGCAAUGACUCUUACCCACUGGUGUGACACUGCAAUCCUGAAGGCACUUUAAAAGUAAUGGAAAAUGUAGAGCGUGUGAAAGUAAGACUAAAAAUGGACUCUUCUCCGGUUCAGAUUUUUCUCUUCUCUUUAGACAGCAGAUCUGUGAUGAGUAUGACAAGAUGGAAGCACUAGCUCUGUAUUUGUAACAAGUCAUCUCUUUUUUUAUGUUGUAGUUCCUGAAAAACCUAGGCUAAUGGUCAGUACCACCAAUAUGGGCACAGCUCUCCUCCAGUGGCAUCCCCCAGCACUAACCCACGGUCCCCUGCAAGGCUAUCGCCUCCGAUUCGGCCGCAAGGACGUGGACCCGCUGACUGUCAUUGAGUUCCCCGAGCGAGAGAACCACUACACCACCAAAGAGAUCCACAAAGGAGCCUCGUACACCUUCCGCCUCUCGGCGCGCAACAAGGUGGGCUUCGGUGAAGAGACAGUGAAAGAAGUCACCACGAAUGAGGAUGUCCCAAGCGGUUACCCUCAGGCCAUCACAGCAGAGGGUGCCACCACCUCCACCAUUCAAGUUAGCUGGCAGCCUGUUCUGCUGGCAGAGCGAAAUGGCAAAAUAGUCAAAUACGCUCUGCAGUAUAAAGACAUCAACAGCCCACGCAGCCCCUCCGAACUCUUCAUCACCGCCCCGGAAUCAACAGUCGUCCUGGACGGCCUUAAAGCAGAUACCACUUAUGAUAUUAAAAUGUGUGCCUUCACCAGCAAGGGCUCUGGUCCCUAUAGCCCAAGUGUCCAAUUCAGGACACAGCCUUUGGAUCAAGGUAGGACCAGUCCCUGAACCUUUUUAGCCCUUUCCUUCUGAAAAAAAAAAAAAAAAAAAAAAAUCAACCUUUCCAGCAACAGCAGCUUCCCCUGAAAGCCACAAAUGGCAGGAGUUGACGGAGAACUUUGACAUUUAAAUAUUCUCCAAACCCUUGUCCCCCCCCUCCCCUAAUCUUACCAUAAUUUAUGAAACUCUCAUGGUGUGAGUCUGUUUGUUUCUUCAUGUCUUGUCAGUCAAGCAAAGGUCAGUCAUUAAUUUAUGAGUUGGUGUUGAUAAGAAGGUAAGAGGACAGUGUUGAGUUCAGUGUAGUACCGAUUUCAGCCUGGUUUUGACGGGGAAGUUCUCAGGUAAGAGAUGAUGUGGGACCAUUGGUGUAGUUAGGCAAUAAUGGGAUGUUUUUGUGUCUAAAUCAUCUGCUCCCCCUUUCUUUUAGCAGUGUUUGCAAAAAAUUUUCACGUGAGAGCUGCUAUGAAGUCGUCAGUGUUGCUGACCUGGGAAAUCCCAGACACCUAUAAUCCGGCUCAACCUUUCACUGUGAGCACUAACAGAAUAAAUACAUAUUCACAUGAACUGCAGAUAGAUACAAAACAAAUAGAUUCAUUUUACAUCCGCAGCCAUAGACUUGAAUGUCUAUAUGAAAUAACUUAUUUGUACACAGAUCCUGUACGACAAUGGGCAAAGCGUGGAGGUGGAUGGGAAGCUAACACAGAAGCUAAUCACGGGUCUUCAGCCAGAGACGCAGUACUCCUUUCUCCUGACCAAUCGUGGCAACAGUGCCGGAGGUCUGCAACACCGUGUGUCCACCAUGACAGCUCCGGACAUCCUCAGAACCAAACCACAGCUGAUCGGAAAGACUAACUCGGAUGGUAUGGUGACCGUGAAGCUACCGGUUGUGCAGACGUCUGAGAGAGUGAGGUGAGCUGUCACAACCACGAACCAAACCUGAUCACUUCUAUAAGAACUGUCUUCGAUCUCAGAUUUUUAAGCUAACAGCACCGUCAAAUCCACAUCACUGUAACACUGGAACAGCACAGCUGAUGUUAACCAGUCUAAAAUCAUCCCAGAGUCGAUAAACAGACCUUGAGUGUAAUCUUGGUUGACUGAUUUUCCAAAUUCAGAUACUUGUUGGUGCCAACUCGUGUCAAGUAAAAUCCACUUUGACUCAGACAGCUCUUUUGUUAGCUGUCUGGCUUGUGAAGACAUCAGUAUUACUCAGGGGGACUCUGUCCGUUGUAAAUGUCUAUGUUACUGUCUAUUAUCUAUCACUGAUGCAUUUUAAAUGGAAAUAAACAAGUUGACAUGAUAGCUGACCUUGUCGGGGGUAAUUCCUCCAAAACAGAGUCAUUUAUAUUCAUCAUUACUUUUCAGUGUGAUCUCCACUUCACCUCAGUCAUCACAGGCUGAAGCAGCCCGACUCAUUUAAGCGCACUCCUCUAAGCCCUGCGAAAUCUCGAACAGCUUUUCAACAAAGCCCAGGGUUGUCAGGGGUCCAAGGAGUACAUCCGACUGUGGAGUGACGCUUCGAACCCAUCUUGUUUUUUUGUUUUUUUUCAUUUUGAUCUCGCUGGAUGCACUUGGCCCACUGUCUCCCAUGCCAGAGCUUAAGCUAAUUAGGUUCCCAUUAGCCUGCCACACUGCCUUCCUGGCUAGCCCUAGCUUGUGCAGUGGCCAACCAGAAAGCCCGGAACAGUCUGGCAGAGGCUGUUAUCGCUCUUGCCACCCUGAUAUAGGGAUGAAAAUCCCUCUAAUUCUGUAUCUUCUCUGCAUUCACAGAGGUCUCCUAAUUAGCCAGUGGGGCUUUGAGUGAGGUGAAACUGUAUUGCCUAACCUCUCUGAGUAUGCUUGAAUUAAAUAGCAAACAGAGAGGAAAAUCGUCCUAAUCAGGGUGCAGAACAGCGUGAAUGUGCGUCUUAGUUUCUAGAGAGGAGACUAUCCUCUCCAAUGCGGGUCAACAUGGUCUACACUCAUGUUUGCUAGGGAAACAGUGUCAGUUUAUCAGUAAAUACCACUGGUAUGCCUUCACUUAAAAUAAGUAGCAUUGUUUUGCUUCUAAUGGAAAUUAAUUAUACUUUGCGUUUCAUUUUAAGGGGAUAUUACAUUGUGGUGGUGCCUCUGAAGAAGCAGCGCCCUGGCAAGUUCUUCAAACCCUGGGACAAUCCUGAUGAGAUGAAUUUGGAGGAGGUAGGUUCGAGGCGUGAGCUUUUUAUUAUGACACAAGAGUUAUUUUUUUCUAUUAUUCAGCUGUUGUAUUGUCUUCUUAACAAAGCAGGGGUAACUGCGCGCAUAUCUUACUCUUUGCUUUUCUCAAAACUGGAGAAAUAAGUUGAGGCAGUUAAGGGAGCAGGAAGAACAGGAGAUGAGUCUCGCUGAUUGACGCAAAUAGCAGCAGAGAGCACUGUUCAUAUGGAAAUGAGAACAUGAAGUAGCCAUCAAGUGCACUGCAAACUCAACCCUCCUCCCCACCUCCUCCUCCUCCUCCUCUUUGUGUCUGUGGUAAUUACCUGAAGAGCUGCAUAAGGCCUUGAUGUCUCUUCUCAUUCCAGGCAAGCUAGGCUCAUACGUAUGCACUAAACACUUCACAACUUUUAUAUUUAGCCAGUUGAGGUAAUUCAGGAGCUUCUGUCCACUGCAGACCUGAUUGGAUGUGUGAGCAAAUUAAAGUUUUAUCACUUUGUUCUCAGAGUUGUGGUUGCAUACCAGGUGCUAACGGCGCCACACCAACAGAAUUUGUCCUUAAAAUUUACUCUGGCUUGAAUUCUUCUUUGCAAAAACCCAGAGAGAGACUUAUCUCUGAUAUUUUCAGUUCUUUAAGUAUUUAUGUCUCUUGUAUAAACAACCCAGUAUAUCACGUGUCGAGAAGGCCAAGAGAAAACACACCGUGUCUCAUCUGGCAUUGGCUUUACAGCUCAUGCCUACAGGCCCGUGUCUGCAGCCUUGACCGAUUGCCCAAAUGUCGCCCCUCUGUCAGAAUUUAUUUGUUUGUCAAUACUGGCACUCACCUUUUCACAACUUUUCCCAAGGGCGGCUAGAUUUAGCCGUGUUGACAGCAGAGAUGAUUGAAGACAUUAUCGGGCUGCACCAACAGCCCCGCAGCCAAAACAGAGCACACACGAGAGCGCACACACUCUAAUGUGAAUGACAGGCGCACACAGUACACACACACACACACACGCACAUACUCAUCUGAGCACGCUGGUAAAAGAUAUGAUAUCAGACACCCUAACUACUAGCCGGGGAUGAUUAGCAUAAUUAUGAUUCACGCUUGGUGGUGGAGGUUGAAAGUCAGAUGGUAGAGGCUUGUAUGAAGGGCACACCGGGGUUAGCUCUGUUAUCGUUUUAGGGUUUUGGGGGGCCAUUUUUUUCUCUUCUUUUGCCUCGACAUUAUUUAAACAAGGGCGGUUAGAGAAAAUAGUGAUCAAUAUGUGAUGCAUCCUUUCCAAAUUUAGAAAUCCAGGUCUACAACAACAGUUUUUGAUGUUUAAGACGUACUCUUAAAUCCGAAUAAACCUGAGCAGGAGUCUAAAUCCAUUAUAAACACAUGCUGCUAUGACUCACAUUACAGUACAUAUUUUCUGUCAAUAUUUACCAACUCCCAAGAUACUAUUUACUCCCAUCUGGCCAUCUUAAAUGAAAGUAUUUGAUUGCGCCAACGAGAAAAACUAACUUCAAGUUGUAAAUUAAUUCAGUCUUAUUUCCAUCUAGCUCUGUUGGAUAAUCCUCGACUGGUUUUAUAAGCUGGAAAUGCAAACAAUCUUUUGGUUUUCUCAAUCUUUUAUGUUAAAAAAAAAAAGAUGAAUUAAGUCAUUGAUCUGUUCUGAAAUGUUCUGCUUCUUACAAUCAGCAUUUUCAGCUCAAAAUAAAAAAGGAACCGAGAUAGACAGAUUUGGUUUGUGUAAAUGUGUAUUCAUGUGUGUCCCUGUGCGUUAUCAACUGUCUGCUUCUUUCUCCUCACUGUAGCUGCUAAAGGAGAUAAACCGAACAAGCAGAGGCCUUCGCUUCCUGAGGCAGGCAGAACCCAAAGCCUAUAUUGCUGCUUACUUCAAAGACCUGCCCAAAGACUUCACCCUGGGAGACGGCACGAUCUACGGAGACUUUGAAAACAAGCAACUGCAGAACGGCCAAGAGUACAUUUUCUUUGUGCUUGCGGUUCUGGAGAUGUCUGACAAUGUGAGUCUGCUCUUUCAUGCAUGUUUCAUCGAAGUUUUAUCCGUAUAUUCAACUUGAAUCCAGCUGAAGAUAUGGAUGUGCUUGCCUUUGGGUUACCUUGUGCCACUGAUCUCAUGUUCUUUGCGUUAGAAAGUGUACAUGUCAAAGGGAUAAGAGAGGGUUGAAUAGGCGCCACUGAGGUGGGCGCCAGUGUUUGCUUCUGGUGUGAUGUGUUACCCUGAACCCUUGUGAGGCUUUGACUUGAAAACUUAAAACUGCAGCCAGCCUGAGAAGCUGACCCUUGAAGCUUCAGGGAGAGAAACCCCUUAAGACCUUUGCUGAUCGCAGGAAAACCUCGAUAACAGGGCUCCUCUUUAAUUGCGUCCAACGUGCGGUCCACCUUAUCUCCCCCGCUGCAGCAAGUGUGUAUGUGUGCAUAUGUCUGUCUGGACGGGAGACCAGAGAGCGGCAUGAUUAGGCAGCUGCAAGCGUGAUGAUGGAUUUGAUGAGCUGCGGGGUCUAUAGUGCUGCCUCGCACACUCUCCGCUAACCCCUAGUUCAGGUAGAGCAAAAAAACGAUAAUGACGGACAGAGGGAAAUCUCUAAUUUGCCCACUGAAGCAUAUAUUUUCCUCCCACAAGACCUUUUUUUUUAAUCUCCUUUUAGAAUGUGAAAUAGUUCAAUCAAGGCUUCUGUAUGGGAGAGAUAUCAAAGAUCGUGUUGAUUGGCCUAACUGCAGCUUUGCAGAAAUUGCACUGCGAAACUUUGGAUUGGCUUUUAAUUCGGAUUGUUGGUUAUGCCGUCUUUCACAGAACCUUUUUAGAUAUGCUCAGUAGUUGGGGCUAAAUGAACGAAAAUCUCUCUGCAGUGGAGUGAAAAUAAGUCUGGGUUUGCAGAGACACAUUCAACUCUGGGAUUAGCUGCUACGGUGUGAAAUUUUAUGAUAAUCAGUUAUAGUAAUCAGUUGUUUUCUUUUCUCUGGCUCAGAUCUUGUAUGCCACAAGCCCCUACUCGGACCCUGUUGUGUCAGCUGACAUUGACCCACAGCCAAUCAUCGAUGAGGAGGAGGGCCUAAUCUGGGUGGUGGGCCCUGUGCUCGCAGUCGUCUUCAUUAUAUGCAUCGUUAUUGCGAUUCUUCUCUACAAAAGGUGAGACUUUUUAAUAAAAACCUGCUUAUAAAGUUAUACAAAAGAUAAAAAUGUGGCGAGGGAAACUACACAUGGAAAUAUAUUUACAGGACAGUACAAAACAUACGCUUACAUCACAGGCAUCUGCAUUUAAAACACAUAAUUAACAAAUCAAUUCUAAUGCAUGACUAUUCAGUAUUUAACAUUCAUUACACCCACGCAUUACACCACCCAAAUCUUCAGAGAAAACAUCUGAAUGCAUCCACUGAAAGAAAGAUUUUAACUUAAAGCCUGAGGCACGAUGAUCCUCACACUCUCAGCCGAACAUGAGCUCUCUAAAUCUCAGACAAGUAAAUCCAAGCAAACAGCAACAACAACAAAAAAAAUAAAAAACUGCCAGCAAAUUCAAACACCCACAAUCCUUCACAAAGACGUGCGUUGACUGAUUGUUAAUCAGACACAUCCAUUUCCCCCCACUGCAAGCACAAACAUACACACACUCUUGAAACACAUGUAAAACUAUCAAACACUCGCGGUAAUGCACUCUCACACCGAAUCAAAACAGUCCUUUUUCUCUGAGCCUCCCAAGUGGAAGCGAGACCUUGAGCUGUCACUGCUCAUCAGUCAGAAUAUCUGCUGCAUGUCACUGCAUGUGUGUGCAGCUUUUGAGAGACCCUUGGGCCACGGCGAAAGACCCAGCAAACCCCCCCGUCUUACUACAGUCCAAUUCACAGGAGAGAGUAGCUCGACUCUGAUUCUGAUCGGAUGCUGCCCUUUUGCUCUGCUGUGUCACACACAUGCAAAUAUUUCAAAUCCAAACAUCUACCAACUGACUUUUUGUGUCUCUUCUAUUAUUUUUCAAGAGGCUCAAUUUCUACCCAGUCCUUUUGUCAAACUAUCCAGAAAUUCAAUGCAGUUCUUUAGAAGUAAUUCAGCAACCUGAAGAUGAGUAACAUGACAAUAAGUGAAAGAAGCACUGCAAGUGUACAGCUUUAUUCCUGCUCUCUCCAACACCUUAUUGUCCUUGGAUUCCAUUCAUGUCAACUUCUUGUUUGAUUCACACAAAGGUGAAUUGAAAGUGAACAAAGAUGGUGUGUGCGGGGGGCUUCACAGUUCCCAUUUGUGGCAGGCAGAUUUAUGCAUCGAUUACCCAGCCGCUGUCACCGCCACGUUAAGGAACAUUCAGUGCAUAACCAGGAGAUAUUUCUCUUGUCAAGAUCAAUUUCUAUGUGACAGAGUGCUCCUCUUGUGCAAAACAAAGGGCAACAACCAUGUUAUGUUGAGCUCCGGGGAAAGGACAUGGGGAUAACAAUGUGCGGCUUCAUCACAGGGAACAUAAAUCAGGGUAAAUUGUGCACCUUCACAUGGAAUAAUUGAAAGUCAAGUCGUGUGCGCUGCAAAAACAGCAGUUUUGGGUGUUUUAUCUGAUAAAUACAGUUUCAAAGUAGCAGCUAAAAGGUAGCAGUAUAAGCUUAAUUAAUGCACAUUCAUUCAAAAUGAAAAUCCCACAUGUUUGCAUUUGUACUAGCUGAUGCAUGAACCUUGAAUAUGCAUAACUCUCCGUCUUAAUAAAUGCACUAUUGUAGGCUUAUUUGCAGAAAAAGAUGAGGCGGCAAUUAGGAGUCAAGUGAUGACUUUUAUGCCUGAACAAGAAGCAAUCAGCUGAAACUGCUCGAAAAAGCAGAGAUACAAAGCACAAAUCUUGGAUGCACCUGGGAAUGUGUAGUAGUUGAGACAAAGAGCCCCAAGGCUGCAUAAUUGAGCAUAAUCUCUGGAGUGAAGCAUUGCUAAUCUUGCACAUAAAGCCAAAGUGAGAUAUGAUUGGUAUCAUUUGUCUCUUCUGCAGUCAUUCACAUAUUUUACAGGAAAAGUUUCUGGAAUUUUCCAUUCUAUAAAGCCAAAGGUCUUACCACCUAAUGUUGUGUCGAUAUUUCUUUUCUUGCUGACCAACGGAGCAGCAAACCAGACAGGUAAGAGUGAGAAAGAGGUAGAGGAAAACUAAUCCCUUUUAAACCCCUUUGCUCCCUGGACUGUUCAUAUUAUAUCUAAACAGAGAAAUUUCUGGCCCACUGGAGCUGAUGUGAUUUGUGAAAUCGUGCUGUUUACUUAAUCAGAAUGACCAAUGUACGACAACUGUUUCACCCGAUUAGCAAAGACGGAUGUUUUCUCCUUUUCUGAUGCUAAAAAAACAUAGAUUUCUCAUGUAUUAAUACCAACAACAUCAACGUAUACAUAGGUGGUUGUUACCAGCUACAAACUACAAUACAUGUCAAAUGUCCGAAUGCUUAAAAACGUGCAAUCUUACUGGUUAAACAGAGUGGUAUUGAGAGGAGGAAGCCCUAAAACAUGAUACAAUCCACAACAAUAGCCACCAAGUAAAUGAUGCCUUUGUGUUUACAUUGUUUUUAAGAUGCAGGUGACUUCAUAUCCCAAUUCAAGUCACACCCCCUUGACUAUUGUUUCAAAAGAGCUGCAUUGACUAUCUGACACAAUCAGUGGAAAGCUAACAUUAGCCUCCAGUUAAGAUGCUAUUUAAUGGCAAAGGCUAUUGUACUGGAUUGUAUCACACUGUGAAGUGAUGAUGGUUCUAGUUCCACCCCCCUGUAACCCUGUAUACCGUAAGAAUGCAGUCAUGUCACCUCCUUAAUUACGUAUUUGCCUGCAGGGCUUAUUAGGCCAUGGAGCAAGCUGUAAGAAUGCAUGGAAAUGAAUGAGAAGUCGAAUGUGAAAUGUGGUUGGUUUUAAAUACGAAUGAUGUCCUGUUUGUUCUGCAGAAAAAGGGCAGAAUCUGAAGCUAGGAAAGGCAGUCUACCCAACAACAAAGAAAUGCCCCUUCAUCAUCCAACAGAUCCCGUUGAGCUACGCCGUCUCAACUUUCAAACACCUGGUAUGUAUUUAAAAUAAAGUCAUGGAUGUCCAUCUCAUUUAGUGUGAAUUUACAACUGAAUAUGCAGCAUAAAAUAAAGGGUGCAAUUGCAGAGAGAUUGCUUGUUUGAGGUUUCAAGCAUACCCCAUAAUUAGAUGUGCAUCAUCCAUUGUUUGUUCAUUUGCUUUCAUUGCCAAUACCAUAAUGUCCCAAAAAUGACACGCCAAUUUCCGCAGCCGGAUUAGCAUAAAACAAGAGAGAGCAGUUUGCAGGUAGACAGAGGACAGGUGCUUAGAGAAAGCACGGAGGGUCAAAACUGACAGUUCCUUCCCUGGAGACACUUCUUGGUGGAAAAUGAAGAGGCAGAAAUGCAAGCUUGACAGUUUCAUGGCAUCUGUCGUCUUCCCCUGCACCUGCGUUAUCGAGGUCAUCAAGACCUGUCAUGCUUACUCAGAAUAGUGCCGACCUGCUUGGAUGUGAUCCUGCUGCUAGGACUCACAGGAUGCUGCGCGGUGGAAGGUGAGGGGAAAUAGAAAACGUGUCACGGCGCGGUGCUCCGGUCAGGAUGUGAGCCGGUGGGUGGCGCCGCACAAGUGGUGACACGCUGUAAACAGAAGUAUUUACUCACUCUGAACUUCGGUGCAGAGGUGAGCUGUGGUCAGCGGUCAUGCCCUAGCCUCUCAUCAUUCCUCAUCUAUGGAGAAAGAUGGGAGUCGACAUCUAUUCAUCACCUGAAAAGGAGGUAUGCAACUUUGCCCCUAUCCUGACUGAGAGAGACACGCUAUACUGCCAUUUGAGUUCCUCUGGCACCAACUACUUUGGGACAGGUGUUCACAGACUGCCAAUAAUGUUGUAAUAUCAAAGCCAUAUUUUUCAGGUCAGCUCGUAUGAAAGGAGAAUGAAUUAUCCCUCCAGGCUCAUUUUUUUGAAAAGAUUAUGCAUAUUUAUGAAAGCUCUUCAAUGAUGUUAGGACCAUUACUGGCUGUUUCAUCCUGGCAGAGGGGUAUUUUUCCUUUUGGCUCAGAGUGAUCUCAACCAUCCUCCCACUAUUUCGCUCGCCUCUCAAGCCAUCAUUUCUGCCCCCCCUCCCGACAGCCUUUUUUGAGAGCCGGUAUCUUGGCUCUCUCACUGCUCAAAUAGGACCGAACACUUUUUUUUCCUCCUCACCACGUGACCACUCUCUCUCGAGCCCUGAAGCGCUUCCACAUUAGACCACCUUUCUCCCUUUCUCUCUCAACCCGUUCUCUCACCUCUUUACCCCUCAAUGGACAUUUUCAUCUUAAGGAUGCUUGAUGUUUGAGCGACGGCGUGUUGGAAAUGGUACUUUUAUUGUCCCCUAGUGAUGGAAAUGGAUUUUGAGUAGCGGGCUGCAAUAGAAACACCCCUUACCGUCUUUCAGAGAGAUGGGAGAGUGGGUGGGAAAGCGAAGCACGGCUUCCAUUAGCUAAUGCCCACUUGUGCCAGCCACCGAAAUGAAACAUCACCUCUGUGCUGGAGGAUGAGAGACUGUCACCCAACUGGUGUCUCAAAAUGGCACCUGGAUUCUUUGUUGUGGAUAUUUGGCCAAAGGUUCAGCAAGGACAGCGUGUUACGAAGGCGUCUUGGUGAACAUUGUUCAGGCCAGCCUUUUUGUUUGACUAUAUCUCCGUAAAUACUGAUGACACAUUCAGAUUCAGCUAUGUCGCUCGACUUGGUCAAAGUCAAACUCUGUAACCAUGCAAGCACUCUGAAGUACACGUAGAGGUCCAGUAGUAUCUAAAGGUUGCUUUUGUUUGAUUCCCUGCAUGCUCUCUUAUUUCUCAGAAAUAAGCAUGCUUGCACAGCCAGGCCUCUAGCAUGACGAGUUUUACGUUACUAAUGAAUGUCCCAUUUAGAAAACACAUAAUCACCCAACCGCAUACUGUCACAUUAAACUUUUUGUCUUGUGUUUGUAAAUAAAAAACAAGUAGUCAUCACAUUGCUAUAACAUCUGCAAUGUUCUUAAUUACACCGCCGUUUCCUCCACAGGUUCAGGUGCGUCCAGUCACCCCAGUAACCUCCAUUUGUCAAGUUAGUUGGUCUCGAUUAUGCAUUUGACAUGAUUUGUUUUGGGGUUGUUUUCUUAGCUUCUACUCCCUUCUUUUCUGCUUAGUCUUGUAUUUCCAUCCUCAUCUAAUCCAUCGGGUGUAAAUGCUGAGUCAUAUCACAGGAGGCGGAGUUUGAAAUGACAGCCUGAAAACAUGUCAUCACUCAAAGCGAACAUCAACAUCUGGCCUAACAUUUUCAGUAUAAUUUUGGUUCUUUGUUUUCUGGGAUGUUUGUUUGUGUCUGUGUCUGACUGUCAUGCUUACUAUCCACGGCAGCUUCCUGUGCGAAUAACGUUCUUCUCUCUCAGUAGGGAGAGACCCAGUGUGCUGGAUGACUCCUCAUUGGCUUCUGUGUCCAUAUUCUCUCUAUGAGCAUGGCUGCUGCUUUGAGUGAACAAACUAGCCGAUAACAAGAUCCACUUCUCCAUUCCUCCCCCCUGUUAAAGACACAUGCUGCUUCUCUAAUGAGUCACUGUUGGCUUGUGCUUGGGUGACGCCCUCAUGCAAGACAGUUGACUGACCUCCAGUCCGUUUGAUUGACAGGUAUGGCCAGCCACCCUACAAUUCCAGUAAUGGAGUUUGCAGAUCAUCUGGAGCGCCUGAAAGCCAACGACAACCUCAAGUUUUCACAGGAAUAUGAGGUAAAUACACAAUUAUGAUAUUUGUAUCAGGUUAUAAUGUAACGCUGCUUUCAUAGUAUUGUCUAUUUCAAUUGUGUGAGACAAACCCUGAAGUGUUGCACUCAGUGAGACUGUCCUUGAGGGUACGAUCCUGUAGUUCAUUACCCGUGCCAGCCUCUUCUCAGUCAAAAAACCAUAUCAUCAAUAUGUCAGCUGCCUUUGGUGGAUCAUUGCCCAAUAAGGAGAUCAGGAUCGCCACCAUCACUCAGAAUAUUUCCCCAGACUAAGUCAGGGAUUUUAAACGAGCCAGAGUGUCUUUUCUUACGGCAGGCUUUUUAAAUGUCACAGCAUGACACACAGGUGUAAUUAUAUUAUUAAAAAUGGCUUUAUUUCAGCGGUGCCCAGACCCUGCUUCUGUACCGCCUGGGUCCUCGUCACGUCUAACCGAGACAUUUAAACAUAAAAGGGACCAUUAUGAAUGUUAUUGGUAACACCUGUGCUUUCCCUGCUUUGACAGGUGAAUAAUCCCAGCUGGGAAAAAGGGCCAUAAUAUGAGAGUGAAACAACUAUAUCUCACAAAAAAAAUAAAAAGAUAACACUGACAAGCAUAAUUGGAUGAGAUUACUGAUUUUCAUUCAAAGCAAGAAUGGUGUUCACAUACUAAUAUCUGAGAUUCACAACUCCAGUGCUGGUCUGUUUAAUCCUCUCAGCAAUUCAUUAUGUCCUGUUUAACAUACUCAUCUGAUUUACUGUGCGAAUUUAUCUGAAAUUAAGAGGACCAAAAGUCAUGGGUGCUGCUACCAAAUGUGUACCCAGCUAAAUUUCUAGGUUGGAAACAGAGUGAGAUUAAAUCUGAAUGGCUAUGACCCAAAAUCAACUGUUUCAAAUUGUAGAGAAAGCAGUCCGAAACGCAGUCUACAGAAAAAAAGGAAGCCUGUUCAUGCCUCAGGACUUUGGCUAAACAGCUUAACGUCAGUAGAAAUAACCUCUGGAUGCUGACACAGUUGAUGGACACCUGAUGGACACUGGCUGUUACAUGAGCUAGAUGGCUGAAGGUGGUGAGCGGGUGACUGACAUAUGCCAAAUAGGAGACUGUAUCUGGCUGUCUUCUUUUAUUUGAUUUAUUAAUUUUUGUCGGUGACUGUGAUGCAAUGUUAAACAGUCAUUUUAGCCAAAAUAUAUCCGACAUGUGCGAACUGCUGAUCUUGAGACAGAAGCAGAUCUCCUGGUCAAAUCUGGAGGAAACAGGGACCAGAUUGAUGUCUCUGAAUAGACAGAACCUCUGUUAAGCCUCACUUUGAAAUUAUUGGCCACUACCGGGAACAGAGGUUACAGCUAUGUUUAUGUUUUUGUCAUUAGACUUUUGAAACUAGAAGCCCUUAACGCUCAGGUGGCCUGUGUGGGCUGCAGUCAGACGGCGUGAAUGUUCAUCCUGGCAAAAGGUGAACUCAUGUUUGCAGAAUACUCAUUGAGCCUGAAGAACAGAGUGAGAAAGAGCUCUUUUUUCAGGGGCGGUGUGUGUGAGAUAGGAGCGGUCACUCUCCCUUUCUGCCCAUUUCUCUCCGUGGGUCCUGCAACAGCUCCAAAAUCUAUGAGGUCACCGUAUGGGUGGCUGCCAAGCUGCCCAAUCAUUACUGCAGCUUAAGUACAUUGAAUUCCAAUUUCAUAGUGCUUAUUCUGGAGCAGUGGAAAGCAAUUUUGUGAGCACAAUGAAAUGAAGACUUUUAUUAUAAGCAAUGUUGCAGCCCACUGUUUCAACAUGUUGUGAUAAAGUAUCAGACUGGGGGGGGGGGUGUUCCUGGCACACUGAGGCUGAAAAUAAUGCUGCUGAUUAAAGCAAACAAAACCAAACAAAGUGACGGAACAUUGACUGUAUUUACAUUGAGUUUAUAUGGUUUCAAAUGACUUUUGAUGCAUGUCCUUGUGAAGUCAGAAUAUUGUUGUUACCUUUUCCUCAUUGUCCUAGCCAAAAAUUAACAACCUAUUGAAUUUAUUAGGCCUGUGGCUCUUAUAAAUCACCCUAUGAGUAGGGUUAUAUUCAGAUGGACUAUAGGUGAGGUCAGUGUGGGCAUGUGUUGCCUUGCAGCAGAGUUUCUGCUACUUUCACUGGAGAUUAGGACAUAAAAGCAGUCCAUACUCAUUAAGAACACAAGCACAAUGUUUUCCCCGUUAUACGAAAUGAAAUGCUAUCUUUCAUGUCUUUGUAAUUUCCCUUUGCGAUAUUAUAUUUUAUAGUUCAUUUAUGGCUGAUGGGGGAUCAUUAUCAAUCUCUGCUUUACAAAGCUGAAACAGAGCUUGGGUAGCAAAUUGUGCCUCAAGUAGUCUCCAGUGAGGUGUUCUGGUGUGCGCCGUAAAGUCCAAAAAAUUAAACGAGGAAAGCCGAUGGAACACAAGCGUCUCCUCUGUGACCAAUUCGAUAUGUGUCUUUGUUAAAUCUAAUCAUUUCUGUGCUGAGGUUAUUUGAUGCCAAAGACAUCACACAGGUCAAAUAGUUGUAAAAAGUAAACUUAUUGGAUAUGAGUCAAAUGUUCUGAAUCUGCUCUCUUUUAUGCUCUUGAUUCAAGUUUGACAAGUCCAAUGUCUAUUCAAUAGUGUAAGGUUGGAAUAGAUUUCAACAAGAUGUCUGGGUUGGCCUUUCUCUGUGCUAAAAUAUACUCCAUGUAAAAGAAAAUGACAUCUAUUGGACUUAAUAACCUUACACAAUAUUAAAUGGAGAACAUUUCGUGGUCGCUUUUUGAUUACAAGGCCUGAAGACAAAGAUAUAUGUGGCCGAUGUGACAAAUUUGCUCCUCCUCUGCAUGCUUGAGGGUUAGAAAUAAAGGAGUAUUUUCAAUUUAAAACGUCUUCUGGUCAAGUUUAGUGUUCAUAUGAGGAGGUCUGAAUGCAGCAAUAAUCAAAUAUGUGCAUGAAAUUUAAAGAAAAUACUCUUAACAACUAUCCUCUCUGUUUUUGUUUGGUAUAUCUCCAGAAAUGAGUUUUAGUAUAUCCUUAAAACAAAUGUCCAAUGAAAUUUAGAUCAAAUCUGAAUGAAGAACUAAACUUUAACAGUUUGUUACCAUUUCCCCCUAUAUGAAGGUUGUGUUUCUGUUUGUUUUUGACUGUAUUAAAGCCGAGCACCACAUGGGCAUCAACCAAUUCUUUACACACAAUCCUCGCAAGGAACUAGUAUAAACUAAAGUGUAAAAAAAAAAAAAAACACUUUUAACAGCAAGUUUUUCUUCUUCACAGUCUAUCGACCCUGGUCAGCAGUUCACAUGGGAGCACUCUAACCUGGAGGUCAACAAACCAAAGAACAGAUAUGCCAACGUGAUUGCCUACGACCAUUCCAGAGUCCUGCUCUCUGCUAUUGAUGGUACGCCGCCCACCAACAUCUUCCCUCCCAGCUGCUGUAUCGAUUCCACAGACAGCCUGAGCAGCUGUACCUUUCAGACCUCAGGAGCGCAACACCACACUGUACUUUUACAAUAGACUCCAACACAAGAAAGUGUGAAUACCCAUUACUUUCCAUGCCUUGGGUUCUUGCAAAAGAGAAGGGGUUAGAAAAAGGCUAUUUUCCCUCAAAAACAACAACUGAAAAGUCAGAGAUGCUACUAAGUUUAAGCAGCAUCUAUUUCUCUUACUUCAACAGGUGAUUCUUGGACAAUCACAUCAGCUUUGGAGCCAUUUUAUAUCAAACCGAUGCAUGAAAGCUAGACUUCACAGCAAAAACAGUCAAGUCAAAGCUUCUGCAUAUAUAGAGAGUGCGCUCACAGUACAGCACAGCUUCCAAGAAAUAAAAGCCUUUUUGAACUGGCUAGCCAAAUGCAGGCGCCUCCGUCAGUUUAUUGGAUGAAACACAAUUGCAAAUGCACACACAGCUAUUAAUUAACCAUUUCCAUUGAGCUGCUCCCAUGGAGGGCAGAGGAAAAUAAACAAAAUGGCUAAUGUGACAAAACAGAUAGAUAAAGACUUAGAGAGUCCUUUUUGCAAGCUCUCUGAAACAACACACACUCCGAGCGUUGAUGGGACUCCAUUAGCCAGACGUACAAACACAUCUGCAAAACCACAUUGGAGCCUUUGUGCCGCGGAAAGCGAGUAGUUCUCAGCCAGGGGGGACAUAAGGGACUUCCUCUUUUUUGUCUGAAGCUCAAACAUUUUGGCAGGCGAUGCGUCUAUUGUUUAAUUUGAUUGAGGUCUUUGGACAAAAAGGGAUUUGGGAGUUGAAUCAGAAUUUUAAGACAGCGGACAGUACUUCAGGAUUUGUUGAUGCAGGGAUGGAUCAGCAGAAUCUUUGGAAGGCAGGCACUGGUCCUGACAUUGUUGAAUACUCUUUACGCACACGGAGGAACUUUAAAGUUGUGUUGAUUCUAGUUACCCCUUCGGAUCUUUUGUGUUUGUUCGGGAUGCAUUUGCCAUGAGCACCAUCACUUGCGACUGUUAAGAUGUAGCUCAUGCAAACAAAUGUCUGAACAACAUAAAUCUAUGCAAGUUCACGAACUCAGUAUAUGAUCAGUUUUACAGUUUCAACUGUAACUUAAAGUCAUAAUCCUUACAUUACAAUGCUGCAGCCUAACAUCACCAGUGUUUGUUCCUCAAUCAGCACAUUGACAGAAAAAAAAUGGUAGAAUUCAUACAAAUCCUGACUGACAGAAAGCAUAAAUGCAAAAUCCAUUUGCCAACGUGAAAAAAAAAAAUCCCUGCUUCAUUCUCAUUAAAGCACAGUAAUGUCUCUUUUUUGCCUCUGUUUUUCAAUUUGAACAGACACUGGGCUUAAUUGUAUUUAUCCCUUGUCCAUCAUGGGAAAAAGAAAAAAAACACAGCUGCUUGGCUAUGUGAACGAUUUCAGCUGCAAAAAAUAAUAAAUGACGUGGGUGGGUUUUUCAAUGUGUUCAUAUUCCAUUUUCUUAUUCCUGUUGAAUAAGUUACCUGGGAGUAAAAGAGAGUCUGGGGGAGAGAAGGGGUAGAGGAAGCAGUUGGAGUGAGGGGAUUCUCUGAUACGUGGCGUCCAUGCAGAUGAGACUUAUCUUGGUCGACCAUGUGUGCACGAAGCCCCUAAACUGCCAGUCCUCGAGCAUUGACUAGCUGUCAGCUCUGUCUCUUUCGCCCGGAUUGGAAAAAGGCUGCUGUGGCUUUCAUUUAAUAUAAGCAGAAGGGAAGAGGGGACUGAAGAGGGGAAGGGAAGGGAGAGGGGGAUUGUUUUGCUAGUUUUUUUGUGGAUUUGUUUUUCUCUGUGUGAGGUGAUAGACUUUUACAGACUAAGCUUUAUCUUGAAGUCAGCUGCAGAUAUGGGAGAGGGGCACAAAAACUGGAUUUAAAUGUGUUGUUGAUGGAAAAUACAAAUCCUGAUGGACUGUAACAUUGGCUGCAAAUAUGACAGUUUUUUAUGCUGUUUUUCUAUUUAAUACCAGCAGAAAACAUAAAAGAUAGUCUCUUUAUGUGAGGGAAAAUCUGACAUUAUCUCAAACAGCUGCGGAGGAACCAAGACUUGGACUAAUGUAGAGAGAAAAGCUGCUGUUUUCUGACAUUUAUUGUCUUAUCAACACUCUGGCACACAAGUAAAGAUGAUUUCUAUUUGAUAGAACGACUUAUCUCUCUCGUCUCUGUUUUAGGUAUCCCUGGAAGCGACUACAUCAAUGCUAACUACAUUGACGGCUACAGGAAACAGAACGCCUACAUCGCCACCCAGGGGUCCCUCCCAGAGACGUUUGGUGAAUUCUGGAGGAUGAUCUGGGAGCAGAGGAGCGCCGUCAUCGUCAUGAUGACCAAACUGGAAGAGAGGUCCAGGGUAGGAGACAAAUGGAGUUACAGCUAUAUUUCUGUGCAGCGCUCCUUAUCUGUAUUUGUAUUAAAGUUAGAUAAAAGGAAGACUCUACUCUUGCUGCAGAGAUCCUCCAAACUCUAAAACUAUCUGUGACGUGAUCAGUGGGAUGCCUUUUCAGCUUAUCUCUUUGUUCCUGACCCUGUUUAAUUUGAAGCUGGUCUUACUCCAGCCCUCUCUUGCAGCCUCUUUAUUUAUUCUCCCCCCCCCAAAAAAAAGAAAAAGCCAGGUUGCAUUCUGUUACCUCCUGAUAUCCUCGGAUCCUGUCUUUAAAACACUCUCUGUUGUUGUUUAUCCUGACUGAUUAGGCGCAUCUCUCCCUUCAUUAGCCCUGCACUGCUGAAGGCGCUGGAUUACAAUCAGUGAUCAAAGGCUAGAGACUAGAGCUGCAUGCACUUAACUACUCUUUUAAGGUUGACAUGGACAAAAGGCACUUUCUCUCUCUUUUCUCUCUGGCACAUCUCUCAGCGUUUGACAGAGCACAUGAAAGCUUAAGAGACUCCACAAGCUUAUGACCUUCACACUUGUGUGCCUUCUCAAAGAGCCUGGCGUAGUGUUAACAGGGGCGCUGACUCAAUCCAGAGAGCAGUUUUCAUUCAGUAUCUGAACAAUCUGCAAAGCAAAUAAACUCCUCUGGCUGCUUUUAUUAUUCUUGGCGCUAUAAAAUGCAUGAUUCACCGAUUUAAUUUGGUACACACUGUCAGGUGUCUGUUUGACACUAUAGAUGCGUUUUUGAUGCAAGAUUCUUAGCUCAGAUUUUAAAGCUUCCUGUGAGACAUCCCCCUCCCUGAUCCUGCUGUACUGUUAAGUUGUUUGACAUUUGUAGUACAUAAUAAUGUGCUUUUGUUGCUGCCAACAGCUCCUGCCUUUCAUAUUAAUCAGUUGUAUCAUUCACUGGGAGGCUCUCAAGCUGUCUUUUUAUGUUUUGCAUAUAUAGAGCUUGUGUAUAUGCAAGUAAAUGCGAUUAUGAAUCAUCUUAUGCACUCUUUGUCAGCAUCUCUGUGCUGUGCGCUUGGUGUCAGUGCUAUAACAGCUGCUUUGGAAAUAAAAUCAGUUUAUAGUAAACGCUGAAGGUACUUGAAAUUUCUACGUGCUUUUCAACAGUUAUAGAGCAUAAAGAAAGACAAUUUGUUGAACAUGAUAACAUUUCGAUUUUGUGCUGAACCGCACGGACACUAUGAAGAAAAACAAUUGAACUGGGAGGCAGUUAUUUCCUCCCUAACACCGCGGCUGCCUUCCUUUUUUUUCAGCUGAGCAGUAAUGCUAUCAUGGAAGUGUUUUAUUGGCCGUUAACUGCGAAACAAAGCUGUACACUCAAACAGCAAUAAAGCUGAGGCGGUAAUAUGAUUGGAAACUGUGGUUACCUUUUGUAAUUAUAGAGUAUGGCAGGACAAUUAAUAGCACUGUCGGCUCUGUGCGAAUAUUUCUGGCCAUUUCAUUGAUUAGAAAAUCUAACUUAGUCAGCAGGAAUAAGGGAAAUGCAGGUAUUUGUUUUACUAUUGUUUGACUUGCACUCAGUAUAUAUAUGUCUUUAAAUGGAUUUAUGUCGUUAAAAAAUGCAGAAAUGCAUCAAGGCUUCUCUGCCAAGGCACAUAACAUUCACAUAUUCCUACCUGGACCUUGUCUAAUGUGAUAUUUCUCUCCAAUGAAGGUGAAAUGCGACCAGUACUGGCCAACAAGAGGGACGGAGACAUACGGCCUUAUCCAAGUGACAUUGCUGGACACAGUAGAGCUGGCUACAUACUGUGUUAGGACAUUUGCACUUUUCAAAGUAAGGGGGAAAUUGGAUUUUGUUGUCCCGUCCUUGCUUUUGAAAAACCCCACACCAGAGUCGUUUAUGUGUGUCGUGUGGGUCACUCACCUCCCCUCCUCCUCCUCCAUAUUCAGAACGGCUCCAGCGAGAAGAGAGAGGUGCGGCAGUUCCAGUUUACGGCCUGGCCGGACCAUGGGGUACCAGAGCACCCCACCCCAUUCCUGGCCUUCCUGAGACGGGUGAAAGCUUGCAAUCCUCCAGACGCGGGGCCCAUGGUGGUACACUGCAGGUAAGAAACAACAUGGUUCCAUGAAAACAUCCUCAAGCAUGAAAUUGAUUUUGUUCCCUCCAUUUGUUGUAAGGAAUAUAUGAAUACGUAAGACAAGAGGCAAUACAUUCAGCGUUAUUAAGAUGGUUAUAUCUGCAUCAUUUGACUAUGGAUAUUAGGUUUUCUUUAAUGAGACAUGAACCAGACGGAAAAAUAUUGUCUCAAGGGGAAUAUUUUACAGGAAGUUAAAUGCAAGCACAAACAAAUCAGCCUGCUGGCUCUCACAGACGGCACUUAAAAUGUGAAGGUGUUUUCAACAUGAUAGCACAAAGAGUACAAGUGUCAUUGCCCUCAGCAAACUUAAACAUCUCCUCCCACACACUGACACACAGACACUCGCAGACCUGUCGUGUUCCCCGCUACACGGCGAACAUGUCGCACAUCAGCAGCCCACAAGUCCCCGGCUUAUCCCUCGGGUUAUUGCAUCUGAAACAAAUAACUUUCACUUUCACGCCAACUUCACUUCCCAGAGCUACAUAAGCGGCCAGACUCCCUACAGAGAGGCGCAGGGAUAUAACACAGACUUCUGGCUCCCCUCAACUCGGGGAGUCAUCAGAGGCUCAGAGCAGAGAGAGAGCAAGUGACUGAGGAGGAGGGAGAAAAAGAGCAGGAAUGAAGCAACAGCGAUAGUGAGUGUAAUAGAUACAAAGUUGUGUCAGAAAGUGACAAAAAAGGGACGAGGGAUUACUGGAGAAUUAGAAUUACCACAUGCUGGAGUUAAUUAGAGUGAGUUGCCGAAUGGCUUCAAAUUGAAAAUCCGGACUUUUUUACAAUGAAGCAGAAUGCAGGAAUUAAUGUCACUGUGCAGAUGGGAGUUUUUUUUUUUUUUUUUUUUAAUUCCACUGGCUCCCUAUCAGAUAGAGCCAUUUCCAAGCCCCAAAUCCUUUGAGAAACAUCCCUUUCACUUCAUGCUGGACCACAAUUUUGAAUAGAGACAUCUUUUUACAUUAGCAUAUUUGCAUAAUAAUGUUCGGAGUGUUUUGUGGCUAAGCAGAAAUAUGCUGUAGAUAAAGACGUUUUGCUGAGGCUGUUUAUGCACAUGCAGAGCAGCCCUAAAUAAAGGCUUAAAGGGAAGGAAAAAAAAACAAAAAACAUUUGUUGCACAUAAUUAACAGCGUGGUACAGUAUCUUGAGCUGCCUAUUAAUUAGCUGGUGCACCAAACAUUGCAGCUUACCAUGUGUGUACGUGCCGAGGGGCCUUCUCAAAAGACUAUUAAGACAUAAAAUAAACAAGGGGUCUAGGGUUUUGUUGUUUUUUUCUGAGUUUUAGUUUUAAAUUUGGGGUGUUAACUGCAAACCCCUUUUGUUUUGGGAAAUUAAAAACAAGAAACAGGCUUAUUGAUCAAAAAUGUCAUUACCUCCUGUCUGCAAGAGAACUGUAUUGUCACCAUGCCCCCAACUGCAGCCGGAAACAGACAUUUUAUACAGUAAAAUUAUACCCAAAGAUACCAUUGUGAUUUUAGAAAUCCCCUACUUACUUAUGUGCCUCUUUUCAAGUUAGACAAUACUUUCUUUUGAUGUACAUGAGGCUGCAUUUUGAUUCCACAGAUGUUAGUUAAAUCAGUGGUUAACCACAUCUUCCUCUGACUUUAGCUUUGGGCACGAUCAUCUAAUGUUAGCCUAUAUCCCAUUUCUUCAACUUUCAUCAUGUCAAAUGAAUUUUACCCAGUCAUCAAGUUUUAUAUGCCAUUUGCAGUUUAUGGUUAAGCUUAUUUGAAUAACCACAAAUUAUGCUGCGAGAGACACAAUUUCAUCCGAGAUAUAUUCAUUUGAUCCGUCUCCAGUUUUACUUUCAAGUCAAAGUCUCACACAGCGCCAGUGAGGGGAAGAGCAUGCUAAUGAUAACGUUGAAAUGUGAUUCACGUGUUCUCAAUGUAGACAAUGUGAAAUCAUAAAGCGUCUAGUAAAAAAUCUGCUUCCGACGGCUGUUGCAGCACGUUUCCUGCCCUCCUGGUUCCUGCUGUUUUCACUCACCCAUAGGUCAGGGACUGUUUUGCUCUUCCAGCUAAAAGACUACCCAGGCGUUGUGAGGUGAUGGAGGAGGCCAAAAGUACAUGAUUGAAUGUCAUGGAGAUCACUGGCCUCUCCCAGUGACUCAGAAGGGAAAGUUUUGAUAGAACAGCCCACAGUUUUAAAAGAGUUUUGACUGACAACCUCAACAGAUUUCCACUCUUUUCCACUCCACUUGCCUCUCUGCAAAUGUCUUCUUGUUGUAACCAGUGCUUACUGCAUUCCCAGUAUUAGUUCUGAAUGACAAAACAAGAACUAAACUAUCAGAGAAAGAAAAAGCUGUGGGUUCGUCUUGGCCUUUUUUUUUGUAUUGCUAAAAAAACUGGUUUAUAGAGGCUUAUCCCAAUGACCAAAACAACGUCAAAACCAAGAGUCUCCUCAUUAACCGAUAAGGCGUAGCAGCACAAUGCUAACCUUUUCUUUGAAUGUAGGUAUGGUUAGAGGUUUCCAACCAGCUAUCUUAAUAACAACAUUUGUUUACAAGUUAAACACACUCACUGAGCUAUCCGCACAACUACAAAGUCACUGUUCUUUACCAAAAGGUCAUAAAACAGCCGUGAUUCUCAUUCAGGAAGGAGAUGACUCAAAAGCCACAAAACUCCACCUCCCUGUCAUCAUGGCGCAGUUGCAUGCAAUGGGAACGUUCAAGCUGUAAUGGCAAGUCACAAUGGACAAAUAUGGCAGACAGCACUGUCUUGUGGUUUGUGGAGAAAAAGAGGCUGAGCCGAAAAAGUCCAAAAACAAAAUUUAAUACUUCAAAAGUGCGGAAUAAAUGACUGUGUUGAUUUGCUUUCCCAAUUUAGCAAAUAAUCCAAGCAUCAUACAAACGACUUGAACUAUUGUUGACUCCAUUAAACAGCAACAGAGUGAUCCUGGCAAGGUUGGAGUUCAUGUGCGUGCCUUCAAUAGUCAGUGCGAGGAAAUGGUGACAGGUUAGCUGACAGCGGGAGAUUUGGUAACAAUACAUGUGUAAUUGCUUUCACUGCUGCCAGUGCUUUAUCUUCUCAGGACUCAUUGCAGCUGUAUUUUAGACAGCACUCUCUCUCUUUCUCCCAUCCCCUAUUCCCCAAACUCCUGGAAAGCAUAUUAGUCUGACACUUAAUGUGUGUCCAAGUCCAAAGCAGCUGGUCUUGACUAGCUGAAAAGGCAGUGUCAGGUCAUUAGUGCAGUCAGUCUGCCAACUCCCCUUCAACUGCCAAAUGUAGCGUCGGCUUUCUGCACCACCUCAUCCAACCAGACAGACACACACACACACACACACACACACUUGCUUUUCUCGUUGAUAAAUAUUGAAUAUUUUCUAAGCCUUUCCUGGUUCAACAUUUGGGGAAAAUUCUGGUUAGCAUCCUGUUUAUUCCAGCUGCUUUGUGUCCUAAAAAACUUACUUUAGACCCAGACCCCUCUUGCAUCUUUUUCUGCAUAACACGACUCUACCCCUCCUCGCCUCCGUCCCCCUAUCCUCCUCAUCUCCCUCUGUCUCCGUCUCUCUGGCUCAGCGCUGUCACUCUGUCACUUACUCUCUCGCAGGUCAUCACUCUUGCACAUUCAGGUCCGCACUGUAAAAUGUUUUCAGAUUGGAAACAGCUGGGGUAAAGGGAGAAAUCUCCGCUAGUUCCUGCAGCCCUUGCCCAAGGGCUGUUGUGUUCUCUGUCCUCGAAAUGAUUCAUUCUUCAAAUAUCACUUUUAUUUGCAAGCUGAGUCUGCCUUUUAGUCCCAUUGCAGAUUUUGUUAUCACCCCAGAGCCGUGAGGAGUUUCGUAAAAGAAUAAAAUAAAAUUGUUAGCAGCCAUUUUGGAUGUGGUCAUGAGAUAAUUUGUUAAAGCCAAUGACUCCCAUAUGUGUCUUUAUUCCAUUUGCAGCACAGUUCCAGUGCAGCAUGGCACAUUAACCAGACUUGGCCCCCGGGGACUAACUUUACUCCCUCUUGAGUUUCCCCUUCUCGAACCUCCCCCCGCUCCUCAGAGCAAAUGAAAAACAAAUGCUCCAUCAGAAGUAGAGGAGCACAGGAGCAUGGCUCACACCUCAUAGGCAUGUCAGCUUAAUGGAUUGAAUAACCUAUUUACUUUGGAGUGCCAAGUGCAAGGACUUGUCUCGUCACUGCUGUGCUUUACGGGUAAGGUAGGAGGGGAGUUAACGAAGAAGAUUUAACACCGCCCUGUCACCCCGGCGGGAAAUAUACUGUCAUCAGAAAACAUCUUCAGUGCUGAGGCAUGCAUGAUUAAAACAUCUAAUGUGCAGGGGUUAGCAUUUUUAGAUUGUCAGCAGUCUGCAAAGAAGAGGGGGCAGCACUCAUGCAGGAUGUCUUAAAAAAAAAAAAAGGCAAAGAAGAACAGUUUUUGUUUUUUUGUUAAGGUUUAUUUUCUUCCUGUGCAUUAUGUGAACUAAUGUAAAAAUCUGUUGGUGUCAAUCCAAAUAAAGAGACCUGCCUUUCAGCGCCUCUUCCAAAGCUUCAACACCUUUUAGGACCACCGUCCUGUCUAAUGGCGUUAAUUGAAGUCAGCUGCACUUCUCAUAAGUUGCCUGGCACAUUAACAAAGCCCUCAAAAACCUGUUCUCUCACCAUUGCGACAUUUAUGUGCGGGCAUUAUUGUAGAGGCCCUUUUUGGCACUGUGAGAUAAAGGUUAAAUGUUGCCGUUGCGUAAGUGAUUAGUCCUGAUGGGUUGGAGAGCUCAGGUGGGGCUCGGGAAGAGGGGGAGAGACUAGAUUGCGAAGCCAGCAGUGAGCCCGCUGAAGGCUGUGACUGCCUAGCACUCUUCUCCACAAAGUGCCACUUCAGAUUUAAUUACACUCCAAGCCAAAUAGUCCGUUCUACAGUGACAAACUUGGCACAGAGAGUUUAUCGCAUUGCUCUGAGAAAGCAACUUCUCCAGGCCCCCAGAAAAGUUUGCAAAAACACCUCAACCUCUUCUACUGUGUUGCCCAUCAUUUACUCCACUUUUAUAGAUCGAGUUUACUUUUCUUGGAAAGUUACAACUGAGAUACCAUUCAGGUACAUUCCUCUUUUAUCUCCUUGUUGACUACAGUGCUGGAGUGGGACGCACAGGCUGCUUCAUCGUGAUUGAUGCCAUGCUGGAACGGAUCAAGCACGAGAAGACUGUGGACAUCUACGGGCAUGUGACACUAAUGCGUGCCCAGCGCAACUACAUGGUGCAGACAGAGGACCAGUAUGUCUUCAUACAUGACGCGCUCCAGGAGGCCGUCAACUGCGGCACCACCGAAGUGCCCGCCAGAAACCUAUACGCCUACAUCCAGAAACUGACACAAAUAGAAGGUGGAGAGAAUGUCACCGGCAUGGAGCUUGAGUUCAAGGUACGAAAACUUUACUAACAGCUCCACUCAAAUGUCUGACACCAUAUCCAUCAACUAGACACACAUGCAAAAAGCAUUUACAGUCCCCCCAAUGACACCCAAUGUUCGAAGUCACAUCCAGGUCUUUAGUGUCACUGAUCAGCCUUUCCCUGUACAACUUCUUUUCCAGUUCCCAUCAGGCCCACCAGACAGCAAGGGGCCUGUGGUUUCCUCUCUAUCCCACUUUGUUAACUCGCUUGUGAAACUCAGCAUAGGAUAAAUCCCCCCGUUCUGGUUUCCCUUUCCUCUGGUAACAAGGGUCUUGGUUUACACAAAAACGCCAAACUCAGGUUUUCCCCGCCACUGAACAUUUGCCAGAGGGACUUGUAGUCUGCAUUCACAAUGAGAGGCUCAAUGAACCUUACGCAACCCCUCGCAGUCUGUGGUGUUGCUGUAUGCGUGGCAUUGUCUUGCUUGUCACGCACCUUCUCUCUAGCACUGUGAUGGAUGCUGAUUCCUCUAAGAGAUGAUAAACAGGUUAGAUUGCAGUGCACUUCUGUCCACUCCUGGCUCGCCUGGGUAUUCAUUUUCCUGUCUUUUCAUCAUAUUGGCAAUUUUUUCCCAACAGUGGCAGGCCAUGAUAGUAAUCGCUUUGAUGCCAUUUCCAUACUCUAAGGCCACAUGAAAUAGCAUAUAACCACAGUGCACUAUAGGCCAUUAUAGUGUAGAUUUCAUCAACAGCAGUGUAGGGCUCAUUAUUCUGGGAGGGUUGUACAACACUGAGACUAAAAAAGAAACCAAAGUCAUGCAAUCGAUCACAGCACUCAGAUAUUUAGAGUCAAACACGAAUGGUAACCAUGGAGAUCAACAAAUAUAGGCUAGUCAUUUUGUUACCAAACCCUAUUUUGCUCAAAGAUUUUUCUGUUUCUUUGUCCCCGUGCAGCGUUUAGCCAACACUAAAGCCCAUACAUCACGAUUCAUCAGUGCCAAUCUCCCCUGCAACAAGUUCAAGAACCGCCUUGUUAACAUAAUGCCAUACGAGUCAACACGAGUGUGUCUUCAGCCCAUACGAGGAGUUGAGGGCUCUGACUACAUCAAUGCCAGUUUCAUUGAUGGGUACAGGUAAGUGCGUACAUACUUGGAAGGCCAGAGUAGGGGACUCUCUGGAUUUGAGAAAAUGGCUUAAAUCAAGUGCAAAGAGGAUAUUGUCAGACUUUCAUAGUAUGUUUUUACAAUAUCUUUAGAAUACAGAGUAAAAGUUUCAAUGUAUUUCCAUGCUCAUGUUAUGAUAGCAAAUUUAUCAUGAGAUUAAUGCUUUCCCACAGGCAACAGAAAGCCUACAUUGCCACACAGGGACCACUGGCAGAGACCACAGAGGACUUCUGGAGAAUGCUCUGGGAGCACAACUCUACUAUUGUUGUUAUGCUAACCAAGCUUAGAGAAAUGGGCAGGGUAUGUACACUCAUAUAUUCUUCUCAGUUGUUAUUUGGCACGCUCUAACCUUCUUGGUCUGGCUACUGAACACAAAAGGACAUAUAGUACCUUACAAAAAUUUGGCUGUGAGAAUCUGAGCUUCCACAAAGUCGAUACCGUUUGAAUUGAAUUAAAAAAUUCUGGGAAUGAACACAAUGAACUCUUGUGUAUCAGGGGAAUGCUGUGGUUCACUGUGGUGUUCUAUUUUUCACUCACUACAGGAAAAAUGCCACCAGUACUGGCCAGCGGAGCGAUCGGCCAGAUACCAGUACUUUGUGGUGGACCCAAUGGCCGAGUACAACAUGCCCCAGUAUAUCCUGAGAGAGUUCAAAGUGACCGAUGCCAGGGUAAGCGGAUCUUGUUUCACUGAACAAAGUUUUCUGACCAAAAUUUGACAUUGUGGUGAUGGCUCACUAUUGUUUCACAGUUUAGUCUCGAGUAUCGUUUUCCAAAGUCUGGAUUGUGGCCUUACCGUUGGAUACCAUGCCACUGCAUGGGUCACUAAGGGUUCAAGAGUAAAAUAAAAACUUUCAACUUGUUUGUGUGUUCUUCCACUUCGUUUACAUUUGCAUAAUUUUAUUUACCAAGACAGAAGGUGUGAAUGACAAUGUUCAACAUGCAGGAUGAUGACUGGAUUUAUUUAACACUGCAGUCGUCUUUAGCUCAACAUUUUGGCAUUGUAUCAAGUAUUUGUUUAUACCAAACUAUGGCCUUAAGUGUAGCAUAAUCAGAAGUAUAUUUGUGGGAAUUAUGACACAUGUCAAUGUGUAGAAAAACAAAUGUGGUGCCGGCAGCAGCGAGCUGCCAGAGUUUUAAUUCCAUCAAAGGCUCACGCAGAUAAAUGGCGCAGGCUCCCUCCUUUGUAGUGUGUGUUACACUGUCUCGUCAAUGGGAUUGCUCCUCUUAUCAAGGGGAUACAAUAUCACUUAAGUAAUGCACACUCUCAAAGUCGAUUCUCCAAGUUCCCUGUCGAGGGUAACACAUCAAAGGAAUUAGUAUCUGAAGUUUUCAUGUUUAAUACGUUCAGGUAAAAUGGCAGUCAUCUUGGAUGACAAACCAUGUUCUCUGAUGUUUUAAACUUGGCGCCUGUGCUAGAUUUUUUUUUUUACUAAGUCUUUCCUUUACUGCGGGAAUCACAGAAGCGUGGAGCAAUAUGACAGAGAUAGCUUGGAACAACUUCUUUGGGUUUGCCAUCAGAGAAAUACCUCAGAUUCGGAUCCCAGUUUUGAUUUAUUAAUUUAUCUUUGCCAAAUAUCUGACUGAACUCGUCUUUUUUGUUCCUACGUUCGAAGGAUGGACAGUCACGGACAGUAAGGCAGUUUCAGUUCACGGACUGGCCUGAACAAGGAGUGCCAAAAUCAGGAGAGGGCUUCAUUGAUUUCAUCGGCCAAGUACAUAAAACAAAGGAGCAGUUUGGUCAAGAUGGGCCGAUCUCGGUCCACUGUAGGUGAGUAACCAGCUGGCAUGACCUACCAAACUAUAAAACUUGCAUUUGCCUGCUAUACAAGUAUCCCUUAAGUUGAAUGUACUGAACAUCUAUUCCAGACAUUUAAUUAGCACAUAAAUACACUGUUUUUGAUGGAGAGCAAACUUUUUCUCCGUCUUCACUCUGACCUUUCUGCCCUCUCUGUAAAGCGCGGGUGUUGGCAGGACCGGAGUUUUCAUCACCCUCAGCAUUGUCUUGGAACGAAUGAGAUAUGAGGGCGUAGUAGACAUCUUUCAGACAGUGAAAAUGUUACGAACACAGAGACCAGCAAUGGUGCAGACAGAGGUGAGCUGUUUUUCUUCUUCUUUUCCUUCUUUUUUUUCUUUUUACUGUGGUGAAGGUGAAUGCAACUAUUUUUCUUUUAGUAUGUACCGAACUAAUGAUUUACUUGUGUAAGAAAGAGCUCAGUUAGAUCUAAAUGAUUAAUUUGGGCAAAACAAAUAAACGAAGGCAAACAUCUCCUCUGUUUUGCAUACACUCAAUGAAUUUACUUUGAAAAGCAUCAAAAGGAGGUUCAACAGAAAAGACAGCUGAUAGAUCUGAGGUGAUUUGGGAUCAAAAGGGUCACGACAAAAGUAUAAAUACCCAAAAAGAGUACAGGAGAUUUGGAAUUAGGAUCCCCGAGAGGGAGAGCGAGCUUCAAUUUUCUCUUCUUUGUCUCCAGGAUCAAUACCAGUUCUGCUACAGAGCUGGCUUGGAGUACCUGGGAAGCUUUGAUCACUAUGCAACGUAA